UGCGUAACAGUUACAAAUUACUGACUACUGUUGUCAGAAAGUCAGGAAGCGAUAAUUGUAUUUCUCCACUUAUGUUUGUUUUAUGAUGCAUUUUACCCGUAAAAAGGCUAUACAUUAAAUAUUUCUACGAUGGGGCUACAACCGCUUGAAUUCGCUGAUUGUCUCACAGAUAGCCCAUAUUUUCGCACAAAGUUAGCUGAACACGAAAAAGAACUCGAACGUACCAGUAAAUUUAUAAAAACAUUGAUUCAUCACGGACGCGACGUCUACAAUGCAGCAAAACGUAAGUGGACUAUUAUUUUAUCUAUCAUCUGUAGUAGAAAAUCCUUUUGUAUCAACAUUUUUAGAUGCUUUAUAAUUUAUAUUAACCGUACUCCUUUUUGUACAAUGCUGAGAUUGAACAAACUUAAUCAGUGACCUGUGCGAACAAACAUAAUAAUAAUAAUACUAGUACGUAUUUAGUAUUAGUAUUAGUAUACAAUAUACAAUCUUCAGUCUGGUCGUUUAGUUUAGAGAUAUAGUACAGUCCUGUGGUUGUUUUAGUUUACCUGCUUUAUUAGUAGGCCUUCACAGACAAAUCCAUUUUAAUAAUAAAAUCUUUAGUUUGGCAGUUUAAGCAUAUGCCAAUGCAUCAGCAUACCUAUCUCACACUCACAUCAAUAAUAUUAAUAAAAGCACAGAUAUUCCUUCAAUUUCAAUGCCUUGCCUUCAUGUUCAAUUAUUAAAUUAUAUAUUACAUUAUAUUCUGAGUAGGCCUAUAUAAUAUAUACAAUACUAAAUAGACCUAAGAAAACAUGAACCUUUACUUUAAAAAUGAAGACCAAGCACUGAGACUGAGUGAGAUCAGGAAUUCCAGAUGCUAAUCAAUGAAUUAAAAAUAAAUACAUUUAUAUUUAUAAUUUAUAUAUUUAAUGAUUAAUGAUUAUAUCAGUAUAUAACUAUAUGCAGAUUAUAAGUCUUGGCAUAAGUCCUAUAAUUCACUAUAUAAAUAAUAAUAAAAAGUAGCCUAACCUCCAAUAACAACGGUAUGAUAAGUAUGAAUACUAAUAUUUAUGUGCUAACUGUAAAAAAUAGAACGAUUCGGCUAAUGUGAAGAGAUAGCACCCUGGUUUGGAUAGGGUUAAAACCCUGGUUCUGAUAGGGUCAAAACCCAGGUUAGAGAUAACUUUAGGGUUUAGGUUUGGUUUAAGGAUACAUUUAGGACAUAAGUUCACGGGUCGCGGCAACCAAGGUAAAAAAAUGCAAUGCUGUCUCUUCACAUUUACCAAAGUCUUGAUAAUAAGAAUUGCCUAAUCACAAAAUAGGUCUUUCUAAUCCACUUUUUGAAAAAUUCAGAAACUAACAAACAAAAGAAAGCUUCUUUUAAUUCUUGGAAGACUAAACGCUUAGUGUUAGUUCUCCUACAUCUAUAUUAUUAGGUUAUUAUUAGUAUUAUACAAUACCAUACAAGUACAUUACAAGUCACAAGGCCUGCACUUUCUAAUAACUGCACAAUAUGACAUAUCAAAGUAAAAUAAUAUUGUGCAGGUAACAGUAAAAACUAAACAAGGCUAUUAUCUCAAUAUUCUUGGCCUUUAUUGGUUGACAUGUAGGCUAUAAGUAUUGUUUAGCCUACCAGUUGGCUACGGCUACAUCAAAUAAUUUAUUUAGCUUUAAAUAGAGACUGACCGAAUUUCGGCUUCGGUUUCGGCGCCAAAAGUGGCCAUUUUAUCAGUUUCGGCCAAAAUCGACUUAGACUUUCGGCCAUCCGUCCGAAAGUGACUCAUGUUUUCGGUCAUUUUAAUUCUCAGUGAAAGCGAUAUUUAACAACAAACUAAGCCACUUUUAAGAACAAAUUAAGCGAUCUUUGAGAACAAACUAAACGAUAUUUAACAACAAACUAAGGGACAUUUAAGAACAAACUAAACGAUCUUUAAAACAAACUAAGCAAUCUUUAAGAACAAUCUAAGGGAUCUUUAAUAACAAACUAAACGCUCUAAUAGAACAAACUAAACGAUUUCUAAGACGAACUAAAUGAUCUUUAAGAACAAAACAAAUGAUCUUUAAUAGUAAACUAAAUGAUUUAUAAGAAUAAACUAAGCGAUCUUUAACAGAAAACUAAAUGUUCUUUAGGAACAAACUAAAAGAUCUUUAAGAACAAACUAAUCUAUCUUAAGGAACAAAAUUAAUUAUCUUUAAGAACAAACUAAGCGAUCUUUAUAAAAAAACCUAAGCGAUCUUUACAACAAACUAAGCUAUCUUUAACAACAAACUAAAGCGAUCUUUAAGAACAAACUAACCCAUCUUUAUGAAAAAAAACUAAGCGAUCUUUACAAAAAACUAAGCGAUCUUUAACAACAAACUAAACAAUCUUUAACAACAAACUAAACGAUCUUUAACAACAAACUAAACAAUCUUUAACAACAAACUAAACGAUCUUUAACAACAAACUCAACGAUCUUUAACAACAAACUAAACGAUAUUUAACAACAAACUAAACGAUCUUUAACAACAAACUCAACGAUCUUUAACAACAAACUAACCGAUCAAUAACAACCAAUUAAACGAUCUUUAAAAACAUAUUAAGCGAACUUUUAGAACCACAUUUUUUUAACACCCCUUUUAAAAAAAAAAAAAUUUUUCUUUUAAUCCCCCCCCCCCCCCCAAUUUUCUCCUACCAUACUAAUUUAAAAAAAAAUUGUAAAGCAAUUUAAAUUACUUUUAUAUUAAAAUGGUAAAAUCCUAAGUAUUCUUAGAUCAAGGGUCUCAAACUCAAAUCAUAGGGGGAAGGGGGGGGGCACAGGAGGUAGUGUCUGAAUGAGAGUGGGCUGCAUCAAGUAAUCCACAAAAAAGCGAUUACAACUGUUACAAUCUGCUCAACCUUUAUAAAUAGCAAUAAAAUCAUUAAGGGUUCUCAAGAACUACUCACUGUUGCCAGAGACCUGGCACAUAAAAAUAUAUAGAAACAUUAAAAAAAAAAAAAAAAUCAGAAUUAGACUAGUCGGUGAGAUUUGACUGAAACCGUAGCGGAGAGUCUAGUUAUAGAUAUGAGAAUGGGGGAAACGCGCCGGCGCAUUUACACUAAACUUUUCUGUCAUGUAGCGAGCCGCAAAAUAUCAUCUUGCGGGUCACAAAUGGCUCGGGGGCCGCGAGUUUGAGACUCCUAUAUUAGAUGUUUAUUUAUUAAUAUUCACGAUUAUCUCAUUUUUUAUAAAAAGAAUGAAAAUGUUUAUACUUUCCCACAUCAUUUUCGAUGUAUGCAGAAUGUAUGCGGGAACAAAUUUCAAAAUAUCUUAAUAUUUCAUUUUCGGUUUCGGCCAAAAUUCAUUUUUAACUUUCGGUAUUUUUUCGGUUUCGGCCGAAAGUCAUUUUUAAACUUUCAGUAUUUUUUCGGUUUCAGCCUAUUUUCGGCUUCGGCCGAAAUCAGAAAAUCACUUUUGGUCGGUCUCUAGCUUUAAAUUUACACAGGUCUGUUAAAUAGUCAUUGUUGAUGAUCAAAGGCAAGGGAUGAAAGUGAUAUAAUAUUAAAGCCUCUGUUGAACCAAUUCAGAAACUAUGCACACUAACAAAAUAUCAGUAAUUAUUAUAAAAGUAUUCAUCCAGGUCAUGUCAUAUUUUAUUAUCAUUUGUUUUGUUGGUGUUAGCUUUAGAAAAUAAGUAUUAAAUCUUUUAUUUGUAAUUUUAUCAUUUACUUAACAUUGUCAUGUCAUUUUUUCAAGCCUGAACACAUCUUUCACUUUAAAUACUUACUUCAUACAGCUUGAACAGAGUCCCGACUUAGUUAAUUUUCCCAAUUUAUUUCUUAAUGACUUAAUUUUACAUACAUUUUUUCUUUCCCUUUAUGUCCCCUGUGUGAGAUUUGGGUUAAAGAAUAAUCAUUGAAAUUUUAGUUAAAUUAUUUAAUUUCUUUCUUUUUUUUUUUUUUUUUGGGAAGGGUUGGGGGGGGGGGGGGGUGUUGCAAUGUUUUUAGCAGCAUUUUUAGGGUAAAGCCUGAUUGUUAUUAAGUUUCAACUUUUUUUUUUUUUUCUUUUUUUUUUUUUUUUUUUUUUUUUUUUUGUUUUGUGUUUUUGUUGCAAUGUUUUUAGCAGCAUUUUUAGGGUAAAGCCUGAUUGUUAUUAAGUUUCAACUUUCUUAUUAAGCUUCAACUUUCUAGAAUAUAUGGAUUUUCAUACAUGUUUUGCCGGAUUGAGCAUCCUAACUCACAAUUGUAUUUUUAAAUAUAUUUUCUCCAGAGUUUUCAAAAGCACAAAAGGCGUUAGCCAAGGAUUUAAUGGAUUUCAAGUUUGAAUGUAUUGGAAAUCAACUCACAGAUGAUGAAAUGUUUAUCUGUAAGUUUUAUCAACUUUUUUUUUUACAUUGCCUUUAUAAUCAUAUUGACGAUGAUAAUGCCCUUUCAUUCAAACAAUUUAGUUAGAUACAAUUUUAAAAUCUUUUCACUUUUUUCAAGUUUUUUGCUUUCAGUGAUAUAUAAACAAAUAUCUCUGAAACUUUUAUGUUUCAGUUGAGCUCUCACUUUAACUGCCUAAUUUUUUUUUGUUGACAAUUAACAUUGACUGUUGUCAGCAGUUUGAAAAAAAAUAAAACAUGGACCCUUUAUUUUACUAUUAGUAGUUAUAAAAAUGUGUAACAACAAAAAUACUACACCAAAAAUGUAAGAGCCUUUCAAUGAAAGUUGUUUUGUCAAUACUUCUUAUGGAACUAAAACAGGUUUACAUUACUCAGCCUCUGUAUUCAAAUGUUAUUUCAUGCCCACCUCAGAUGGCCAUAUUAGAUUUAAAUAUAUACUCUGAAUUACCAUGUUGCUAUUUAUGGACAUGUACACAGUACACUUCUUCAGAGUUACCUCCUACCCAUCUCUUUCCCAUGUAUGCCCCCCCCCCCCAACUUUUGUUAUCCACCCCUCCUUUCCACCCUUCAAAUAUAUAUUUAUUUUUAGAUAACCUACGUGAAAGCUAUUAACGACUAGACUUAAUUAAACAAUAUAUUUAAAUAUUAUGAUGUCUGCACUACUCCAGACUAUUUGAAUUGUUUUAAUGGAGGAUACAUUGCACUUCUGCCCUCAUGAUCCUCUUUUGGGUUUCAGCACUACCCUUCUGUUUGUUUUGUGGAGAAGGAAGAGGUUUGUCUUUUGUCCUCUAUUGCGGGGGGGGGGGGGGUGUGGUGUCCCAUCAAACUUUUUACAUUUUUAAACAGAUUGCCUGUUCACCGAAUCCCCAGACACUGUUGGGGCACUUUAGUUGAAAAAGAUAUGAGCAGGCAAAUAUCUAAUUUGUAGUGGCAAAACAUGAAAUACUCUUAAAAGCAAGAACAGUUUCAACAUCAACUUACUAGCAUUCAAUAUGAUAUAUGGGUCCGGGGGACUGUGUUGGAUAAUCAAAUGGUCUGUCGGAUUCCUUAUUUAUCACUGCUACCUGGGUUCCCGUAUGGCCGGUCAGGUGGGCUGGGUUAAGGAACACCGUAUUCGGAAAUUUGUUAGAAAGAAAUUUUGUUGACGGAAGUUUGAUCGAGCAGAAGUUUGGUCGUUCGGAAGUUUGGUCAAAUUUUAUUUUCAGUUCACCUGAUCUAAUUUUGCGUUAAAGUUCUCUUUGAACGCAUUAUUUUGUUUUACCAUGUAGUAUAGUGCAUCCAAAGGAAAUUUGACGAAAAUUUGAUUUUGUGAACUAAGAAAAAAAAAUUGGAGCAAACAAGUUUGAGGACCCCUGCUCUAUCUUGUUCCUUUCGCCCCGAUGUUCUCUCUUUCAUAUAUGUCCCCAUUUACCGAGUUGGUGAUAUCAGAAGUAGUAUUUGUUCCUCCUAUCUCACCAAGGUGGUGUUUGAGAUUGCAUCACCGGUGAAAGGUGAUUUCACCUGGACCCGGCUCCCUCGCUCCCACCCAUUUAGAUAGCGCAUCUCCUAAGCGCCCCGGGGAUCUCCCGAUACUACCCGCGCCCCACUUCCUUGUGCUUGCGUAAUUGUAAACAGAGGCCACGGGGAAAUCGUUUUUUGGCAUCCCGACAGACGUGCAGUCUGUACCGAAGUUACCACAGAAAUCCUCUACGCUACCUCUGCUCACACCAGUCACACACCUUUUAAUAAAGCUGUCCGUGGGCCUGAAAAUGGUCUAUUAUAUUAUCAGAGGUACUCAUCUUAGGGUUUUACACACUUCAAUCACUAUUUUACUUUUAAUAACACAUUCCGGGUGUACAAAAAACCUACUAAUUUUAUUAUGAGUCUUAACAAAUUAAAAUUUUCACUCAAUUCUCAAUCCCACCCAUUGGCGUAGCUAGGAUUAGUGCCGCCCCGGGGCGGGACGAUAAUUGUGCCACCCUUCUUCCACGAAAAAGACUGCGGUUGGAUAAAAAUGCUGUCUUCUUCUUUUUCUUUAUUUUGAGGGCCCACGAUCAAUGAAUUGAUCAUUCUGGCUCCAAUGUUUCAGGGGGGUUCGCCAUGUUACUGCGCAUGUGUUUCAAAGGGAUACUUCACUGGUUGCAAGGGGUACUCAGCAGUGGUGUUAAGAACUGGGGGUUGGAAUGCAGGAGGCAUGGGACACAUUUACACAAAUGUGUCGAGUGUAGCCGCCUCAACUGUUGCUUAUGGAAGCUUGUUCCAGUCCCCUAUUGUCUUCGGCAGGAAUGAGGAGCUCCUGUACUUUGUUCUUGUUUUUUACCACCCGAAACUGUCUGUCGUGGCCUCGUCGCUGUCUAGGGGGAAGAUGAACGAGUUUCUGUUUGAUUCCGGAGCAGUGCACCAGCCCAUUUUUUAUCUUGUACAACAUGGUGAGCCUGGAUAGUCGUCGUCGUUCUUCCAAUGUAGACCAGCCCAGUGUUUCUAGCAUGCUGCCAACACUUGAUGUCUUUCUGUAGCGGUUCAGGACAAAGAGUGCUGCCCGUCGCUGGACCGCCUCCAACCUGUCGAUGAUUUUCUGGGUAAAUGGGUCCCAGACUGUAGAAGCGUACUCUAAAAGAGGCCAGACAAAGGCUUUAUAUGCUUUUUCUUUCACGCUUGAGUUGCCGAUCUUCAGAUUACGCCUUAGGAACCCCAGGGUCUUGUUUGCCUGUUUGCACACACUGUUAAUAUGCUCGUCCCAGCGGACCUCUCUUUGAAUGAUAACACCGUCCCUCCAUAUAAAGAAACGGCACCGCUCGGGGCGGAGUGCCCCCCCCCCUCCGCGCCCGUUCCUACGCCGUGUAUCCCACCACCGUUGUCCUACCAUUGGCUGUGUAUGUCAUCCCACACUUCCUUUCAUGUCUACACUAUAAAGUUUAUGUCCCGACUAUUCCAUUGAUCAAUGUGUCGAUGGCUGCUGCACUGGGGCCUUUGGGGUACCCUCCCUCCACCACAACCCUGCACAUUUAAUCGUCGAUGUAGGGGGGGGGGACAGGGCUGCACAUUUACACAACAAACAGACCAGCCUACUGAAUCAUGGAGAGUGUUUAUUUAAGUGUCAUAAUGGAGAUAAGACAAAACAAGCGGCUCCCCCCCCCCCCCCCCCGGUUGCGUUGCUUGUAAUAGGCCAGUAAUAGCAGUCAAAAGAACCCUUGUCGUGUGAGUGCGUCAUGAUAUCACACGUCUGCGAAGUCAAAUAAACAUCUAUUUUAAAUGUAGGAAUAGAGUUUAUGAAAUGAUUUUGUUUUGAAAGUUGAAUGAUGUUAUGCUCGAGGUUUUAAGUUCCCGUGUGCCUUUUCAUCCAACUGACUGAACUAAACCCGUGUAGACACCAUCGUCCAAGGCCACGGAUUAACAUGGCGUACUGAGAGAUCAACGUCCUCCAACUUAAUGGCGUAGGAGGAUGGCGGACUGGGCUAGCUAACCCGGGCGGCAUUUUUUAAAUAUUUUUUUUUUAUUGAGGGGCUGUGUAGCAUUUUCGGCCAACUGUUGAGUUUUUGUUCUUGGGAGGGGUGGCGAAAAUCUUGCCCCCCCCCCCCCCCGGCGGCACUAACUGUGACUAACUCUAGCUACGCCAACCCUGUCUGUUAGAUAUUUUAAGGGCUCACCGACCUAGGGUAUUUUACAAAGUUGAUAGAAUAAAAGCAGUGUCACGAAAAGGCAUGACAUACAUUUUUGAAUGGAAGGUUACAACCCAAUGUCUUAACGAAAGAAAUGUUCAUUUAGAAUAGGGCAAACGCCGAUAAGAGAAGUUGAAACGCCAUGUUCUGAGUUUUUAAAAAAUCAACCAAUCAAUCCCUUAAGCUUUUAUACAAUGGGUUUAGGUGCGGUCAUAAUCUUGCAGGAAAUACGAUCUCGUCAGUUCUAAAGAUUGUACAACCGACGAUAAUCUUGAAUUAAAUUGUGUUGGGUUACUCCUAUAGCGAAAAGCCUAUUAAAAAAAAAGUUUUAAUUUACUGCAUGUUGUCACGGGAUUAACUCGGAAAAAAAAAAACCCCAGUGAAACGAAACGACAAAGUAGAUAGCUUGUGAUGAACUUAGCCGAAGGGCCGGAAGAGGGCUGCCUAGAGACCGGACCAGUCCGCCAAGUGGUAUAAAUGUAAAUAUAAACAAUAAGUGUGGUGACAAAGACGUUUCAACAGGAUAUAAAUAAGGUCACGUGGAUCAGUCCGUUUCACGCGAUGAAGACAUUCUGGCUAAACAAACCCAGUAGCUUGAAGAACCUCAAGUCAGUACGUUUGGUUUGUACUGCUUUCAUUUGCUUCUAUAAUCAAUGGUCUGUGAAGAGAGACUCGGGCGGAAUUUUCCACAACAUAGACAUCCAUACUUCCUAGUACACUGUCACUGGUCCCCUCUCAAGAACACCUACCGUUUUCCUAUCAUUAGGAAUCGAUUUUUCUAGUAUAUUUUUAGACGCGUAAAUGCAAAUCGUAGGCUGGAUAUGAUAUUGUUUAGAACAAUUAAAGCGACGAGGCUCUUGAUUAUUGGCAGAGUCGUCGUCGUCUCACGGUUGGGAUGGGGGGGGGGUAGGGAUAAGUGUCAAAUUUGAAUCAUCCUCAUCCUCAUGUCCCUCAGUCCUUGGACCGUUGGGGCGCCACAGAUGACAUGUGAACCAUCCUCCUCCACUCCUCUCUGUCUUCAGCACUACGCGCUGCAUCGCCCAGUGUUUGUCCUGUCCACUCUUUGAUGUUCUCCUCCCAUCUUUUUCUUUGUCUUCCUCUUCUUCUCCCUCCUCUUAUGGUGUCCUGCAAUAUUUCUUUGGCAAGCCCUUGUUUCCUUGUUACGUGGCCGUACCAUUGUAUACAGGCGGCAUAACAAAAAAGUGGCAAGGGGGUCACAAAAGUCACGUGGCCGCUUUGAUUUAAGGACAUUGCUAGAGUGCGUGGAUAAAUAGCAAAACAAUUUCAUUCGGACCUUGCUGGACCACUUUUUGGUGGCCCACCUUUUCGAUACACCUGGUUUGUGCGACAUCAGUUUUUGUAUAUCUGGCCAGAGCAUCCCAGAAUCGAGUGAUGCCCUGUCAGUUUUGACGUUCCGAGUCCCCUUUAUCUCACCCCCCCCCCCAUGGAGUCACGUCAACGUGGGGCGUCAUUAUGACUUCAUCUUGGAGGACCCCCCAAACAGUCAACUUGCAGUAGCUGGUUUGAAUGUUUCAUGUCCACAAUUGUUUGGGACAUUAUCCGUGUCAAGCACUGAAUUUUGAGGAGACUUUGGCUUACACAAACUUCAAUUGAAUAGUCAUUUUACUUGCUUCAAAAGCAACAUUUGAUUUCAUCCAUUAAUUAAAGGGGAGAUGGACAUUUUUUUCUCAAAUCAAAAUCAGUACACUUAAAAAUUAUAUCAACCUUAAAUCAAGGACAUUUAAUUUUUUCCAAAUUAAAACAUAGACAUUGAAAAUUGUCCAGAUUAAAACAAGGACAGUUAAAAUUGUCCAAAUUAAAACAUAGACAUUGAAAAUUAUCCAAAUUAAAACAAGGACAGUUAAAAUUGUCCAAAUUAAAGCAAGGACAGUUAAAAUUGUCCAAAUUAAAGCAAGGGCAGUUAAAAUUGUCCAAAUUAAAACAAGGACAGUUAAAAUUGUCCAAAUUAAAACAAGGACAAAAAAAUUGUCCAAAUUAAAACUAGGACAGUUAAAAUUGUCCAAAGUAAAACGAGGACAGUUAAAAUUAUCCAAAGUAAAACAAGGACAGUUAAAAUUAUCCAAAGUAAAACAAGGACAGUUAAAAUUGUCCAAAUUAAAACAAGGACAGUUAAAAUUAUCCAAUUAAAACAAGGGCAGUUAAAAUUAUCCAAAGUAAAACAAGGACAGUUAAAAUCGUUAUUCGUCAUGAUUGUCCAAAAUUAAUUACUUGCUAUGACACGGAGAGCUCUUCUGUCAGUGAGGCGUUCUUUUGGUAGCCAAAGUACAUGUUCGUGAAGCCAAUUUGGAAUAAUUAUAUUUCUUGUAAUUGUGUUAUUUAGUUAUGCCGGCCUGGCGAAGGGAGAUCUCCAGCGUGUCGCUUCGCGGCCCGAUACUCGGGCUUAGGGUGGGGUGCUUGUGUGGCAUAAAGAGCUUGGUACUAGCUCGACGGCUCGUUGACGCCGUUUCCUAAGGUUCAUUUUCAGUUAUGCCUGGAUAUCAAUAAUAUGCUCCCUCUUUUGAUACAUUUCAAAUUUGAAACAAAUACAAUUGUAGUCUUUAACUGUGCUGGUUUCAGCUCACCACAAACCAGGACAACGAUCUAAAACCCAGAAUUGUCUUGAUUGAAAGCAGUACAAAGGGUCACCUCACUUUAUAGCCGAUGGGAGGGCGUACACAAUGACCUGUGACUAUAUGUGCCGAGUGUUAAUGUGUGCAUUUGUGGCUCCUGUGUCUAUCGGGGCCUGGGCUUAAUGCGACUGACUACCCCCCUCCCCAUAUUCGAUCGAGCCUUCUCACUUCCUGUGUUUAAUAAUCUUUCAAAUGCCAGGCUCGUGUGUAUAACCUCCACACCAUUGAAUUAAAAGUUAUAAUUUAACGAGGUGUUACAUCUUUGAAUGUGAAGGUCCGUUUCCUGCAUGGGCAGUCACUUCCACCACGAUGCGAUCAAGCCAACGUGAAGAGAACCAGAAGACCUAAUUAAAAUGAAAUGUGCACGAGAAGUAAAUUGAAAAAAAAUAAAAUAAAAUAACAGUUAAUACUAGAAAAAGGAGUGAUUUUUACAUAAAAUUGCUGAAAACUACUGGGUAAAUGAGAGUUUAGAGCGCUACACUAUAACUUUUGUUUUACUCAAGAUUCAAUUUGACGAGACCUAUGGUUCUCAACCUUCCUAAUGCCGCGACCCUUUAAUACAGUUCCUUGUGUUUUGGUGACCCCCAACCAUAAAAUUGCAAUGUUGCUACUACAUAAGUAGGUCUUAGCAUGUAAGGGUCGUUCGACCCCCGAAUGUGUCGCGACCCACGCGUUGAAAGCCGCUGGACUAGAAUUUUUUUCCCAAGUAAAAUGUUAAUUUUAGUAUUACUUUGCGUUUUCAAUUGGAAAAUAAAUCGAGGACUGCCAAUGUUCCUAAGCGUUGAGUGCUAAACUCUUAUAUUUCUACCAGUUGUGGCAGUCCGAUGUGACGUCAUUUUUUUUUUUUGGAAGUCUUUGACCUGGAACAUACGUCUGAUUGGACGUUACAGUUUGGAGUCGUUGACCAAUGUGACGUUAUGUGUCGGAGUUGUUGUCGUGAACUUAAAAUCUCGAACUAGACCUUCGUGUUAAGUCUAUGAGCCACUAUGGAAAAAAGAAUUGAUGGUUUUUAGAUAUAUUUAUUUUUAUGUUACAUAUGACAGCAGAAGCGACCCAUUGACAAGUCUUGUAAUGACCUUCGUAAUAGGUUAGGAAAUAACUUAAGUUCUUAAAGUUCUUGAAGUUGAAGUGCUCAACAGAGAGAAGUACGUGUGUGUGUGUGUGGGGGGGGGGGUUGGAAAGGUCGAUGAUUGAUAACCUGUUAGUCUUAUGGCACUGUUAAUAAUAAAUAAGCUCUCUAUCUGUUAGUAUUUCUAUCCAUAGGUUCAUUAAUAUAUAAAACUUCAAAAAUACCAUGUAUGUUACAUCCAACAUGCUGGUGACUCUAUCUGUUAGUAUUUCUAUCCAUAGGUUCAUUAAUAUAUAAAACUUCAAAAAUACCAUGUAUGUUACAUCCAACAUGCUGGUGAGAAUAACUACAGUUUAUUUAUCUUAUAAAUCUGCGAACAUUUUUUUUGUAACGUUGUUUACUCUGUAAACUAUUGGUGAGAGAUUAUAGAUCUUUGUGACACGCUGUACGCGAUUAAACCGAUUAACUUUCACAUGUCGUCAUGCGGAAGUUUUUAAGAUAUCUGCACAUCUUGAUUCUGUUUUUGUGUUAUUUCCCAUUACCUAAAAUAUAUGUAGCUAUACACACACAUAUAUAUAUACAGAUAUAUCAAAGGUUAAUAUGAUUGAAAGUGUUUAGUCAUACAAUUAUUCAAGAUUAAAUCAAACUAUAUUUUGACCACCUCUCUCUCUCUCUUUCUCUCUCUCUCUCUCUCUCUCUCUCUCUCUCUCUCUCUAUAUAUUUUUCUUUAUAUACUUUUUUAUACAUGAUUCUAGGUUCAUAUAUAUUCUCUCUCUCUCUCUCUCUCUCUCUCUCUCUCUCUCUCUCUCUCUCUCUCUCUCUCUCUCUCUCUCUCUCUCUCUCUAUAUAUAUAUAUAUAUAUAUAUAUAUAUAUAUAUAUAUAUAUAUAUAUAUACAUUUUGAUUUUAGUUGUUGUAUGGCUUGUUAUUUGCGUGAAAGAAAUGAAUCAGUUGGGGAAAAAAAAAUGAUACGGUACAGCACGGGGAAAGUUAAAUAUAGAGGGGAGACAACUUGUGAUGCACGUGCGUUAAUCUUUCAGCUAGAUGGCGUUUAGAAUGUGUAUAUAAUUAGAAGGGGUGUAGAAGGUGAACAGGUAAGCCAGGUAUAGUGGCACUUUUGUCUGCUAAAACUGGGACCAGAAAUCGCGCUGGUGGAUUUCUACGUCGCCUCUUUUCAAGCGCUUCACCAAUUAGGCUAAGUUUGAUACAUGUCAGUGUGCGCACGUUCGGCUGAGAUGUGAGCAGUCACGUGGGCUUACAGAGCGUGAGCGCCACUAUUCAGGAUCCAUGCAUGAGUUGUGGGGGGUUGGGGUGGGGUAGUUCAUAAAACUUUAGUGCGUGGGUCGCGUAAACAUGUGUGUGGGCACUGCUUGUGGUAGGUUCAAAGAUUCACCAACUAAUCUUUGACACCUGUUACUGUUGUGUGAAGAAAAUACUGUUGUGUUUUUAGGGGGAAAAAAUGGUCAAGCUAUAAUUUCCUGCCUGUUUACCCCUUCCCUCCCGCAUCCUCUGUUUAGAAAUACAUUUUUAAAAAAAUGACAACGACACAUAUUAAGCAAUUGUAAAAAAUGAAGAAGAUACAAACUUGUCCUCUUGUGUAAGAUCUCCAGGCCACACUGCACUUUGCCUCAAAUCGAUAUACAGUUGAUCAUGGACACACCCUUAAUAAAAAAAAAGAGUUUUUUUUGUUUUAUUUUAUAUACAUACAUGCUGUACACAGUAAGAUCUCUCUACCGCGUUGGCCGCAAGUCUGGCCAUGAUAUUCAAAGGACGUAAACGGGGCAGUCCCGUACUUCUAGUGUUUGUUUUCAAAGAGUUUGUGGGGCGAUGAGAUCUAAUCAUAUAUAUGUUAUAUAUAUAUAUAAAAUAUAUGAGUCGUUUAAAAUGUCUUGAAAACACAGCUUUAUCUAAAUGGUCAUUGGCGUUUCGUUGAAAAAGCAUGUGACCGGGUACCCGAGUCGCCGUGAACCCGUUGUAUCCUAUCUUAAUGGGCUGCUCUUGGGUUGUUGUUUUGUUUGUUUGUUUGUUUUUUUUUUUGUUUUUUUUCGUUUUCGUGAUGUUACUAAAUUUAGAAGAAAUUUUCUUAACACCAUAACAGGGAAGCUUAGAACGCUUGAAUGGAACUCACUAUCUAUCACAAUCUGGACGGCAGUGAACCAGGAUGGAAGUUCGACCCGAUUCACAUUGGGAUGUGCACAUUAGCUAGCCGCCACCAGUUUCCAAUACGUAGUUGCAAUGAUUUAAUAAAUGAAAUACGUCAUGGAGAUGGAAAUGUUAAAUUGGAUGACGCAAUGGUUUGGGGGGUGGGGGGAAUCCUCCUUCGGUUUAGUAUUAAGACUUUGUUCGGAAUAAUAAACAAAUAGUGACGUCAUUCACUUCUUUUUCUUUAUCUCUCUCUCUCUCUCUAUUUGCGUAAUAAUUCCAUUUUUCCGGCUUCGAAAUCCAAUUUAUCUGAACGUUUCUGGGGAAAAAAAGUAUGAUUGAAUAAUAUAUAACAAGUACCUUAAAAAGCGAACCAAAAAAAUCAAAUUGUAUCGUCUGCGGAGGUCGGUUAAACAUAAAACUGAUUUGUGGUAUAUCAAGAUAUGGCACAUACAACUUUUUUUGUUUAAAAUUGCGCGUAAAAAUAAGUCUCUAUAUGGGGCAAUACCUCAAUACGUUUGUUGAGAUUUUUCUGGAGUGGGAUAAGUUCAUCUUAUAACCCCAACUCCUAGAAAACGGGAAGUCAAUACAAGAGUGGCGCACCGUGUCAUCAGAGCCUCACGCCUCCAGUCACCGGUGGGAGUGUGCGUCAAAGUGAAACAGUCGUCAGGGCGUCCCCGUGAUUGUCAUGGGGUGGGUUAGUGGCAGCCCAAACCUUUCUUUUGUACAGAUCCAGUCAUUUAUCGUUAACCUUAUUAUCCUACAACUCUAUCCAGCCGGGCGAUGAUGCAUGCAUCGCUCAGUGGCGUGCCUUGAAUAAAUGCUGCGCCGGGGACCUACUCUCAUUAGCGCGCCCCCCUCUUACGUACGCACCCAUGAUUUAUAUAAUGUUACACAUAUUUUACCCCAAAAGUGCCGCCUGGGGUGUCCCCCCCCCCUUGUCACCCAUGGGGACGCCACUGAGAUGAUAUUACAUCAGUGGUUCUCAACCUUUCUAGUGCCGCGACCCCUUAAUACUGUUUCUCGUGUCGUGGCGACCCCCAAGCCACACAAUUAUUUUCGUUGCUACUAGCUGUAAGGAUAUAUGUUUUCAGAUGGACUUAGGCGACCCCUGGAAAAGGGUCCCGCGACCCCCAGGUUGAGAACCGCUGAUAUACAUCAUAAACUUGCCAAACGUUGAAGUAAUAUUUGUUGUACACAGAGUGCAAACUGAGCCCAGGGUAAAGUAGUGUGAGCUGUUGACGCAAGCGCUGUAAUUUUGCAAUGAUGACACCACUUUUUGUGUGUGACUCACCGGUGCAUCUAAUUGAUAGCACACAGUUCAAGUUAAAACUAAUCGGACGGAUGCACGAGUCUUAAUGAGGAGACGGGGAGUCACGACCAGUGUCCCGUCUUAACACACGACUUUAGUACUGUCCAAGCACACGGCCUUUCUACUUAUGAGCACACAAACUUUGUACUUAUAAGCACACAAACUUUGUACUUAUAAGCACACUACCUUUCUACUUAUAAGCACACAAACUUUGUACUUAUAAGCACACAAACUUUGUACUUAUAAGCACACAAACUUUGUACUUAUAAGCACACAAACUUUCUACUUAUGAGCACACAAACUUUGUACUUAUAAGCACACAAACUUUGUACUUAAAAGCACACAAACUUUGUACUUAUAAGCACACAAACUUUGUACUGUCUUAGCACAUGACGUUUAUACCGUUCACGCACACGGCAUUUGAACUUUCUAAACACAUUGCUAUUGGGCAGCACAUGACUAAACACAUGGCUAUUGGACUGCACAUGACUAAACACAUAGCUAUUGGACAGCACAUGACUAAACACAUGGCUAUUGGACAGCACAUGGCUAAACACGUGGCUAUUGGACAGCACAUGACUAAACACAUGGCUAUUCGACAGCACAUGAUUAAACACAUGGCUAUUGGACAGCACAUGACUAAACACAUGGCUUUGGACUGCACAUGAGACUAAAUACAUGGUUUUUGGACUUCACAUGAGACUAAACACAUGGCUUUUGGACUGCACAUGACUAAACACUUACAUUUUUUCUGACAGUGUUUCAUCGCCUACUGUUUACCUACCGUUUUAGAUACUUACCUCAAAAUAGCGGGGGUGAAGUUCAGGUGGGUAGGUAGAAUCGCCUACAUUUUCAACUGUAUGUUAGUGGUUCGACUUGUUUAUUUAACAGGGAUGGACCAAAAAAAAAAAAAGAAAGUGUUGCUUCAUUUCUUUCCCUGGAUUUAACUUUUACAAAUGAGUGCAUUUCCUGGGCUUGCAAAAUUGACAAAAUGUCAUUUCUGUGGCUAAUGCAAGUAAACUGUUACAACUGAUCCAUGUUAGGGCCUAAUGUCUGAUCCAUGUUAGGUUAAUAUUAUUGAUCCAUGGUAGGGCCUAACUACUAAUCCCUGUUAGGGCCUACCCUAAUGGUUGUAAUGAAAUAAUUCACCACUCAAGGUUUACCAUAACACUGUAUGCUCCAACUUAGCCGACCGUGCUCUAUUUUAAACAAAUCCAACAAUACAAAGGCCCCAUUAGUACUUUGAACCGCAGUGUCUUAGCUGAGGUUUGAUUAAGUGUGUGGGGCUAUGAAGGCCAUAGGUAUUAUUAUGUGUCGUGUCACAUGACAUGUUAGAGUUCCAAACCAGUCGCUCUUAAAAAAAAAAAAAAAAAUGAAGUUGGUGGGGCUAUGAAGUCCAUAGGUAUUAUUAUGUGUCGUGUCACAUGAAAUGUUAUAGUUCCAAACCAGGCGCUCUUAAAAAAAAAAAAAAAAAUGAAGAGGGCACACUAACGCCUCUCACCCGGCUUGAGCCAUUAGCAUCAUUACCAUCAUUUAUUGUGUUGGCACCAACGUCCAGGAAAUUGAACUGUUUUUGUUUUGUACCUUCAUCAUUGUCACUGCAGCCUGUGGUCGGGCCGAUGCCCUGCUUCAUCACAAACUUUCCACUGGACCGAUACACGACCUUUCGUCUCCAUGCACGGACCCCCCCACCUGAUGUGUUAUUGAUCUUGCCACCGAUAUUUCAGUGUGUUGAGUGAAUAGGGUGUUAACAUCUAUGCAUCCGGAUCAUCUCAUAGCAAUUAACGUUGCUCUCUGCAACAACAUGGUCCUAUUAAUAUUCAAUUUAAAAAAAAAAGAAAGAAAACAAACGUAAAAAAACGUAUCCAGGAUCCCCUGACUCCAUAGGAGGGUGACUCUAAUGAGGGUGACUCUAAUGAGGGUGACUCUAAUGAGGGUGACUCUAAUGAGCAGAGCCAGUUCGUCUGAUUGCGGACAGACUUUGUAUCACUGUAAGCUAUUUCUGGCACCUCUAGGUCUAUUCCUACACCUGAUUUGGGCUCCAGACCCAGCCCUGUCUACGCGUGUCAGCAAGGCUUCUCCCUACACAUCCUCUGGUGUGCCAGUGCUUGUGUGAUCAUUAGGCCAUGGUCAUUUAAGGUUACGUUGGUCAACACAAGCAGCACAUUUACCUUUCCAGAGGUUCACUUCAUACCGCCUUUUAUUUAUUCGGAAACAACCAUUUGUCUGACCCCGCUUUCGAAUCAGGAUAUGACGGGGUUUUUUUUUUUAAAAGGUUUAGAAUAACAUUUACAAUGAGUGAUUAAAAUUUAAAAAAAAAAUUAUUUCGGAAUAGUAAACUAGAACAUCCAAAUAAAGCGAAAAAUAGCAAAGUCAGAGACGUAAACAAUGAGAUUGUGCAAGAGGUACUGCUAUGUGUUAUAUACCGAAAGUGUUCCCAAAGAGUUCACCGCUGUGCCAGCCACGAGAAGCCGCGGCUUCCUCACAAGGGCGCUAGGAAAUAUUAGAACAUUUUCAAAAGUGUAUGACAGGGCGUAACAUCUAGGGAAACCUGGUUCAAACUGGGCAGCUCACUAAGUAAUAACAGUUUGCAGAAGCCUCUGAAAAUUGUUACUAGAUCUUUGUGAUCUAAAAUACUGUUUUUAUUAUUUUUAUAUAACCAUUUUGAUUAUAGUAUCAAGUAUUUCACAUUCUCCUUGUUCAAAUUGUGUAUAGGGUGCCUUGAGGGAAAAAAAUGGACCCGGCGAAGGCUCCCGGCAUCGACACAGUUUGGGAACCAAUGCAUUAGGUCAUUAUAUCCAAGGCCAUGUAAAAUACAAGCCCUGAAAUUUGGUUGCUCUAUUGACCACAAUAAGAAUUUAGGAGCGCUUCACGGGUGUACUUAGUUACGUCUCAAAUAACCAAGACCAAUGACAUCAAGGCUGUUGCUUUCUUCAACUCUCGUACAUACGGCCGUGUUGUUUGCUUUCUUCAACUCUCGUACAUACGGCCGUGUUGUUUGCUUUCUUGAACUCUCGUACAUAUGAUCGUGUUGUUUGCUUUCUUCAACUCUCGUACAUACGGCCGUGUUGUUUGCUUUCUUGAACUCUCGUACAUACGGCCGUGUUGUUUGCUUUCUUCAACUCUCCUACAUACGGCCGUGUUGUUUGCUUUCUUCAACUCUCGUACAUACGGUCGCGUUGUUAGCUUUCUUCAACUCUCGUACAUACGGCCGUGUUGUUUGCUUUCUUCAACUCUCGUACAUACGGCUGUGUUGUUUGCCCCCAAUCAUUAAAACACCUGUGUUCAUUCCAACAUUAAAAUAUCGUCAUAACAUUGUAAAGGCGCAAGGGGGGGGGGUGGGUGGGUGGAGCACAAUGGGCUCGAAUAAACUGUUCGAAAAACAAUGUGUCGCGAAGUUGGGUUUAAAAAAAAAAUAAACCGAACCGGACAUUAUAAACGAAAAAGUGAGGUGAACAAAUAUCUUGACCGAGGCCGUCAUUAUACUUUUCGCUGGCGGUGCACAUCUACAAUUCAAGAUGUAACCAUUUCACGUGUUUAUUUCUUUGUAUGUCUAUAGAUCGUCAUAUCAGUCCGUUUUUUUUUUUUUGGUGUGUACUUUAUCUAUUCUGUAUACUCUGUACUUUACGUGUUUGCGUGUCAAAAACAUGAGUGAAUGAUUCCCACCCAGGACCGGUGACAGUAUUGGCAGUAUUACAUAAAAUAAUGGCGGUCACACACAAUGCAAUUUUGGGAGGUUUUGACUACAACGAAAUCUGUGGUGGAGACUCUUGAUAAAUUACAAAAAUGUAUGAAAGCUGCAUCAUUCUCUGUGGCUGGAGUAGAAAGCACAAUCUCCAGACAUAAUAUGCCGUUUUCAGUGAUUCCCCGAAAAAUGUAUCAGGAGCAGGGAUAGAUGUGUGGAGUUUAUGGUGCUAGCAGUAAAAAUCCAAGUUGGUUAUAAUGAUGGUUAUAAUGAUUGUCUACAAAUGCCUGUGUUGGGCAGACUAUAUAAAAACAUUUAACAUAAUGUGUCCGUGUUGCUACAUAUGGACUGGAAGGGUAGGGAAUGGCCACGUCAGUCCAUGAAGCAUCGGGUUUGCUAAUCGCGAAGUUAUUUAAGAAACACCCCAAUUGGAUUCAUUCAGAUUGAGUAUGAUCUCACCGGGAGCGGAACAUUUUCAAGUAGCUGCUUCUGAUGUACUCACAAUUUUUGUCGUUGUUUGUGGUGUUGGUGGUGUUGUUGUUGCGAAUCUCAAAGUAUUGUCCACCAUUGUUCAUAUUCUCUUAUAGUUUUAGAUGUUGUUGACAUGUCUACACUAUACUAACAUAUGCGCUAGAUUCAUUGCUUUCUCACCUGUGGCAUUUCCAGGGGAAAUAUAAUAUAUACCACGUGGUUAUGUACAUAUUUGGGUAAUUAUAAUUGGUAUUUCAGUGAUGGUAAACAGCCUUGAGAAUAUACACAUUAAUGCGCAGGAAGAUGCCCCAGCAUUGUGGGAGGGAAGGGAGGGCAUUCUGGUUGAUGGCCACUGAUCAUCGUCCAGGUUUGCUUUUUACAAUGCCUAUUGUUGAGAUGAGCGACGUUUAUCUCUGUUGGAAUGUGUUUGUAAACACGGGGACUUAUCAACACACCAGUGGCGGAUAUCUAAAGUUGAUGUUGUGAUGACCAGUUGUCGCCUCUGCGCGUGGUCAAGGGCACUCAGUCCAGAACUCCGGCUCGUCCCAGUGUAUCUUCAAUGUCCAGGCAGAUAAAAAGGUUAUUGACCUCGUUUGCUCCUCUGGGCAGACGGCCCAAACGUGUAUAAUCGAUGUGAAAGCUUUCUAUCGCCCCAAUAACUUUUGGUUGCGCCUUUAUGAGAUUGAUAUCGAUCGGAUGACUUUGGCGGACCAAACAAGACCAAAAAUGGUUGUGAAUUUAUGUCAGUACGGGGAUUGUCAAAACUAUCAGAGUUAAACACUGUAUGGACUUUAGAAUAGAACAGACUAUAUUCUUAUCCAAUGUAACAUUGGCCUGCACAAUGAGUAGCCAUCAAAAGAGGGCCUUUGCAUCGUAAUGUUUCAAUGGCAUACGAUACUGAAUUGAUCGCUGAUCUGACCCCCCGGACCCUUGACCAAUGUCUUAUGUAGUGCAUAGAAAUGUAUCGUGUUGUAUACAUUACUAAGUCGUGUCAAUCGAUUCACUGCGUGCUCAUGUAAAGACACGGUGCUGUGUCGGGGGCCGUGUUCCUAAUGUGGCUGGACACAGCAACCCGACCACCGAGAACUGACCUGGCUCGAUGAUUAUAUCAAACGUCCCAUAGAAUCAAUAAAUGUACCCUUGUAUGAAUUUUGAAGAGCCCGCAUCACUUCUGUCUUUAGGUGGGCCAAUAACAAAUCGGGGUGGGGAGUGGGUGGGAGGGCAAAAGAAGCGUAGUCAAGGGAGAUGAGCGAUUAAACGUACCAGGUCAGUGGUUUCCGUCAAGUUUAGUGGGGCACCAAAAUAUGAAUAACACAAUUUGUCUCGAACACAUCUUUUAAAAUGGUUAAAGCGUGUCUCUAGUGCGACCAUAGACACAACGAGACGGCUUUUAAAGUAGAUAUAGAGCUCCAUUUAGUGCUACCAUAGAAACAACGAGACGGCUUUUAAAGCAGAUAUAGAGCUCCAUUUAGCGCGACCAUAGACACAACGAGACGGCUUUUAAAGUAGAUAUAGAGCUCCAUUUAGCGCGACCAUAGACACAACGAGACGGCUUUUAAAGUAGAUAUAGAGCUCCAUUUAGCGCGACCAUAGACACAACGAGACGGCUUUUAAAGUAGAUAUAGAGCUCUAUUUCAAAUGUUUUUAAAAUGUAGCUAAUCUGCAUACAGAACUAUAUUUCGACCCAGUAACGCAUUGGAGAUUGGUUGCAGAAGGUAAUGCGAUCUCGUCGGGGAAAUACUUAUAAGUGAAGGUAGGAAAAGGAUUCACCCGGACACCCCCCCCCCCUUUACACCGCCUCAACGCACCGCCUGCACACUUGUAAUUUUGUUAAGGGAACCGUUGGAAAAUCCCGAAAAGAUGUCUUCAAAAAUGAAUGAUGCGCCUCAUGAUUCUGCCCGUUGAAUUUAUUGAAAAAUUGUUUGCCAUGGUGCCAUUGUGUUUGGUUUGUUUACACAUGGUCAUCUUUGCUCCAUUGUGAGCGAAUCUUGUAGAUUUGUUCCCGGUGAUCCUAAAUACAGGAGAAUAAAAUAGUUGGGCUAUUUUUCUGUAGUUUUAUUAGCACAUCAUCACACUGGUUGUUCAUUUUAUUUGCAAGGAAUGACUCGUGGGAAGAAAUGUUUAUGAAAAUCAAGGAUGUGGUCCCCGUCGUCAAGGUUUGGGAUCCAUCUUUGGAAGCCUAUUGAUUCACUAGUCUCCUGGCACCCCGCCACUUGACGCCGAAAUGCGGCUGUUAUUUCCAUUCGUGUAUUGGAGCGGUGCUCGUGCUGUUGACACCACACCAUUUCAGUGAUGGCUGAGAGGCGUGCCUCUGAAUCUCUCACAUGUGUGGCGCUAUCAUUCCGCAUCAUUUUAAUGUAUUCGCUAAUUUUUAAACUGGUCAACCGUCUACUCUUUACAUUAUCUUUAAUUUGAAAUUGGACACUGGUGGAUUCCAGAGAUUGGGGAUAAAGUAGCUUAAGAUUACGCGCGUAUGGGGCUAUAAUGUAUAGCUACAUACGAUUUGUGUUGCCAGGAGGCCAAAUGGUGUACUUAUCCUGCAAUAAAUCUAGUGCUAAUGAGGCAAUUAUGAGACUAAAAGACAGAAUACAGCGAGCAACAGGCAAGCUGUAUCAUAAUUAUAAGAGCUCAACUUUGAUUUCUUGCGUUGGAUGUACGAUAAUUUAAUGACAUCCCAGUUUGUACGGCGUAUAAAAUAUAGAUAUUAGCUAUUUGAGCCAAAUUUUGGCAGUCGUCCAUACCUGGGUGCAUGGGGUCGUCUUGUUCACGGCCUUCAGUCCGGUGAUUGGCUGAGGUUUGUACAUUUCAAUACCGGUGACACCAACAGGUGGCGGUGACGCCUUGUACUCAGAAACUUAGUUUUAAGCCACAUGUGGGUACAUACGGUACUGUAAAUGUCCAUACACUAAUACUUCACUUUACAGAAAAAAAUAAAAAUAAUAAUAAAUCGUUGACGCUUGAGUUCACCGACGAGUAUCGCUCGAAAAGUAACGAAAGCCCAAAUAGCGUAACGUGGGUAUCAAUGGAUCGAUAAGUAUGACAAAUUUAUGUGCAAGGAAACGUAACAAUUAUUGACAUCAACAUAAAUGAGAAUAUAGCCUCAAAGAAAUCCAAUUGAAGCCACCUUGAACACUGAUCACCAGCCAUGUAUGCCUUUCAUUACUAUGCAUGGUCACGCUGGCAUGGCUUAUCUGUACAUCAUGGAAACGUCUCCAGAGACCUUCCUCUGCAACCUGCCGCCCGUUCAUAGAAACAGGUGGCUGCCGUGGGACUUACCCAAUCGUGACGAGACGACUUUCUGGCACUAGCAAUUUUAACGGUGAUCUGGCCAUUCUUCCUUCUAGCGCUUCGAAGCUCGGACUCGGUCUGCUUGCUCAGAUAAAUACCAGAAAGCUAUGCGGUCGUUUUUAAAUCGUGUAUACUAAUCCUUUAAAAGUUUCCAACAAAACGAGAACUGUAAAGGCUGACGUCAGGCCACUGGCGUAACAAAGGUGAGUUCCGCCCGGGGAUUGCCGGGAACUUUGUUGCCAUUUCCUCAAGAAAAAAAACAACAACUCAACUGUUGGCCGACAAUGGCCCCGUAAAUAAGAAAGUAAUACCCCUCCGCACCCCUUCCUACACCACUGUCCGGCCAAUUUCUAACUUUUGUAACCUCUGGUUAUGGUAACCUCACACAUCCUCUGGUUAUGAUAACCUCACACAACCUCUGGUUAUGGUAACCUCACACAUCCUCUGGUUAUGGUAACCUCACACAACCUCUGGUUAUGGUAACCUCACACAUCCUCUGGUUAUGAUAACCUCACACAACCUCUGGUUAUGGUAACCUCACACAACCUCUGGUUAUGGUAACCUCACACAUCCUCUGGUUAUGGUAACCUCACACAACCUCUGGUUAUGGUAACCUCACACAACCUCUGGUUAUGAUAACCUCACACAACCUCUGGUUAUGGUAACCUCACACAUCCUCUGGUUAUGGUAACCUCACACAUCCUCUGGUUAUGGUAACCUCACACAACCUCUGGUUAUGGUAACCUCACACAACCUCUGGUUAUGAUAACCUCACACAACCUCUGGUUAUGAUAACCUCACACAACCUCUGGUUAUGGUAACCUCACACAACCUCUGGUUAUGGUAACCUCACACAACCUCUGGUUAUGAUAACCUCACACAACCUCUGGUUAUGAUAACCUCACACAACCUCUGGUUAUGAUAACCUCACACAUCCACCGGCUAUGGUAACCUCACACAUCCACCGGCUAUGAUAACCUCUCACGACCACUGAGUACUGGCUAUGAUAACCUCACACAACCUCUGGUUAUGAUAACCUCACACAUCCUCUGGUUAUGGUAACCUCACACAUCCUCUGGUUAUGGUAACCUCACACAACCUCUGGUUAUGGUAACCUCACACAACCUCUGGUUAUGAUAACCUCACACAACCUCUGGUUAUGAUAACCUCACACAACCUCUGGUUAUGGUAACCUCACACAACCUCUGGUUAUGGUAACCUCACACAACCUCUGGUUAUGAUAACCUCACACAACCUCUGGUUAUGAUAACCUCACACAACCUCUGGUUAUGAUAACCUCACACAUCCACCGGCUAUGGUAACCUCACACAUCCACCGGCUAUGGUAACCUCACACAUCCACCAGCUAUGAUAACCUCUCACGACCACUGAGUACUGGCUAUGAUAACCUCUCUCAACCAGUGAGUACUGGCUAUGAUAACCUCAAGCAACCACUGAGUACUGGCUAUGAUAACCUCAAUCAACCACCGGCUAUGAUAACCCUAACUGGCACACAGCUGUGGUCUUGAUAACAUCCGCCCAACCCCAAUCGACCCCACUGAUGACAUAACCCUAUAGCCACAUCUCUAUCCUCCAGAGAGAGGCGGCACGUGCCCAGCAGUAAUAUCACAUCCCGUGUUGUUUUAUCCUACCUGACGGCCUCUAGUGUUUCACACAGUGUAAACACCAAAUUAAAACAGCAUAAGAACCCCCCCCCCCCCUCCCUAAACCUGUUGCCGUUUCUCUCUAUAUUUCUUAAUUUUCCUGUCCUAAAAAUAAAAUUGAGCGUAUAUCACAUCAGAACCUAGCCAUUAGGCCACGAGAAAAGCAGGUGUGUAUAACAUAUAACAAGUUAUUGGCAAACUUUAUGAAUGUUUAACUGAUACUUACUUGGGACACUGAACUUGACCAUUGGAAUGAAUCGAAAAACUGGGGUGGAGGAGGGGGUAGUAAGAGGUUUUCCAACUAUAAAAUUACAGACAAAUAUUCUAAAUCUGCACAACUUUUUUUUUAGGGAGAAUCAUUUUUUCACUAUCACAGUCUUAAAAUAAUAAACUUAUGGAGAUAAAACAAAAAUACUGAGAUAUUCGUAGCACUCGCUAUGUAAUGUCUGUGUAUGACUGUUAUAUGACAAUGAAGUUUCAGGCUAUGUUUAAGAUUGUAGGAAAAAUAAGUCCCAGGAAAUAAAGUCACAGGUCACAGCAAUAAUAGUCACGGAAAAAACUAAUAAACUAGCCAAUGUACCCGACGUAACCCUGGACUCUCUCCUGAUCCCGGUAGUAUCCCAAUGCUUGUGGGUUCUCAAUUUCAAUAUCCCGAUCCAAUUAGAAUCCCAUUCCCAUGGGACGACUGACCCCAUUAGGAUACCAAUCCCGAUUGGGAUCCAGUUUCCAAAUGGGACCCAUUGUGAUCUCGAUCCCAAUCCCGUUUUAAAAUGGGACCCAUUGGGAUUCCAAACUGUUGGGAUUCUGACCCGUUGAGAUCCAAACCCGUUGGGAUCUCAAUGCCAUUGGGAACCUUUUUCCAAAUUGAAUACCAUAUCACAAUGGGAUCCCGACUGCUGUGGGACCCGCACCUAAUUUCGAUCCUUGAGGGUUUCCGAUUUCGUUUGAUCCCAAUCCCAGUGAAAUCCCAAUACCGGUGGGUUCCCGAUUCUGUAGGUUCCCGUUUCCCGGUGGGGUCCUCUUCUAUCAUGGGAUCCCAUUUGCCCUAUUUGAUCUCAUUACUCGAUGGGAUCCCGUUACCGGUGGGUUCCAGUUUACUCGUUUCCUUUUAGGAUCCUGUUCCUCCUUGGGAUUUUUUUUAUGCCUAUGUUGAACAAACAAACAAACAUUCACCUUUAUAUAUGUAUAGAUAUGAUGUGAUAUAAUAUGAUGUGAUAACUAAGAAUAAUAAAGUAAAUAUUUCUGUGACUUUUCCUGUGACUUUUUUUGCACUCACCAUGUUUAAACGUUGUUUUAUUGUAUAGCAUUCUCUUCAGUGUUUCAAGCAAGUAAGAAAUCACAAAUGUUGAGAUAUUAUGUUUUGUUUCACUUCAAACAAGUGUUUUACAAGCUUUUAUUUUUGGACAUACUAAAGUUAUUACGGACAUUUCGACGUAAAAUUAUAUCUAUUUUUUUUAACGUAAUGUCCGCAAAUACAUGGACGGUUGGCAAAAAUGGCAACACCUGGUGGUAAGCUACUGGCUGUAGCAUCUAUAAAGUCUUGGGUAGGCUCCAAAGUUUUCUUUCCUAAGCUUGAAUGAAUGCACAAGUAAGAUUUUGUUCUUUUGUAUGUUCACCUUCUUCUCUCCCUCUUUGAGUAACUUGACUAUAGGGACCGGAGCCUCUGCACACCAAUAAUGUUCUUUUGUCAGUGUCUUUGCCACUAUGGCCCCCAAUCCCAUGGAGCUCCUUUGAUGAGAAGUUUCAAGCCUUUAAAAUGAUCAAGUGCUUUGGGAUGGUGUCAGCAUUGCUUCUCUAAUGGUCUUGCUAAUCAUCAUCUUAGCUCUGUGGGAGCAGCUAUCAGGAGUUGGCCCUUUUCCCUUUUGCGAGGGGCCUGCUACUUGACAGUAUAAAUGAUUUUGGAAUUAUGAAUCAAUAGAGACAUUCACAUUAUGUUUAAGCUAUUGAUUUAAGCAGCCCACUUUGUUGACACCCGUGAACAUAGUUGCAAUGAAAAUAUCACUGGGGAUUAAAAUGCACAUAGGUAUGCAGCAGUUUUUAUUUUUCUCAGAUGUCAUCAUGAUAGAAGAAAUAAGUGAAGAUGGUGUCAGGAAAUGGAUUCAAAUGCUCCUCAUGUUUACCAUAAAAUAUAUUUGUGUGUUCUUGAAAUAUAAACCUACAGGCAAUGUUACAAAUAGAUUUCUUAGUUCCCCCAAUGUUUUUUUUUGCAUAUAAAAAGAGGAUCAUGACCACUGUAGAUACUUUUGUACUAGUUUUUUUUUUUUGCUUAAAAAAUUUCAUGAUGUGAAAGGUAGAGCGGCAUAGCUAGCAUUCUGUCACCUUUAGCAAGCUGUUUUUUAAAUGGGUGGGGUAAAAAGAAAAAAAAACCUAGUAAUAAAUGUAUCAACUAAACAAAAAAAAACAGAAAUUUUAUUGCUGUUUUGCCAUGUAAAAAAAUAGAGAACUUGUGAAUAAAAUGUGAUGAGAGUACAUUGACACUAGGUCCCCUGGACAUUGACACUAGGUCUCCAGGACAUUGACACUAGGUCCUCUGGACCUUGACACUAAGCCUCCCUUGCAUUAACACCAGGUCCCCUAGACAUUAACACUAGGUCCCCCAAUUUGCCUGCUGGGAUGGGAGUUUUUUUUAGUCGAUAAUGAGAUAACUAAUAAUUCUUAUUUUGCAUUUACGCUAAGAUAGAAAUUCUUUACACAAAAAAACAAAACACAAAAAAAAACUCCCAGUUAUCCACUCAUAUCUAGUGGUCUUUGGAUUGAUGCAGUAUGUUCUAAUUUUCCCCAUUCAAAACUGAUAUCAUGGAUGUGGUACAUGUCCACACAUUUGGGUAAACUGAACUUCACAUUGAGGGUAGACCAUAUUGUUUUAGUAGAACUCUUUACUUACUACCUUACUUCAACAGCUCCCCCCCCCCCAACCUGCGCAAACACAAACUCUCAUAAGAUUAUCCAUGAAUGAUCCACAAAUCUAUUUGUUUUCAACUGCUAUCAGCAAGACAUGGUGAUGUUUAGCAAAAUGUAGAACAUAUUUUUAAAAAGAAAACAGUGUCAAAACAGUUCUGCCGGAACUUAAUUUACUUUUAAUUGGACUCUGGAAGUCACCCGUAAUAUAAUCCAAAUUAUCUAAAAAUUAAUGAUAACCAUUGCUUGUCAGGUUGUUCUGGCUGGCACAAACUUUUUUCUUAACUCUUGCGUCUGUGAGUUUUAGUAAUUAGUCUGUGUUACAAGAUAGUAGAUAGAAAAUGGCUUGAACAAAACAAAACAAAAAAAUAAAUAAAUAACCUUUCGAAUAUUUCAAAACCUACACUAAAUAAAUCCCUUUUUACAGUAACUACUAAAUUUUCCUCAAUAUAAGUAAUACACAUGGAAGAACACAUAUCAUGAUUCAAAAAACUUUAUUUUGUUAUAUUCUCCAGCACAAUCCUUGUCCAAGUUUGGACAGUUCAUUGAAACCAUUGAGAUGCACAGGGACAUCCUGGUAAGUUUCAAAUCAUCCAUAUGUAAGUGAUAUUUAAACAUUACCAUUGCUCAAAUUGAUACAUGUUACAGAUCAUACGUAAUGUUGCUUUUAUCAUGGCUUUAAAUUUAAUUGUGUUUUUCCCUUUGGUCCUCUUUAGAUUUCCUCUGCUGAAGAUCAGUUUGUGAAACCGCUGGAAAACUUCAGGAAGGAAAGCAUUGGGGCUGCUAGGGUAAGUUAUUUAUCCUUUCUGUGUCAUUGUUUUUGUGAGCUAAAGAUAGAGCUCAUUGCAGUUUAUCAUCCUGGCCCCUUUGUUUUUUUUAGUUUCUCUUUAUUUUGUAUGCAAGAUACUGGGAUAGUAGAAAGCAACGUGUUUUAAAUUUGUGGCCAUUGUUGCAACUGCGAUGUUUUAGUAUUGGAACAUGCGUGAGGGAGGGUGCAUCAUUGUUGAGGCCCAAGUUAGGUGUCACACUACUAAUUAGGCUUUGUGACUAGGUGGCUUACAUGAUGUAUGUAAAUGACAGACCUGUUUAUUUUUAUGAUUUUGGCGUACAACGUGUAUACAUUAUAUUUACUGUAUGUUUAUUUUUUUUACUAUUGAGAUAAUGUAUUGAAAGAUUUUGUGAUGAUAUUGUACGAUUUUAAGAGUUUGAGGGCAAACAGGCCUGAAAUGAUAACAAGUGUAGAGACCAAUAAAGUUUUGAAUCUCAAUGAUCUCACCACUAUUCAUACUAGUAAUUAUUUACCAUUUUUAAAUGACCUCAUGCUUGAUAGCUUGCUAAAAGGGUUUUUGUGUGAUGUAUGUUGCAGGAGGAGAAAAAGAACUUUGAUAAACAGACUGCUAAGUUCUGCCAGUCACAAGAGAGAUAUCUCAACAUGAAGGCAUCCAAGAUCAAUGACUGUGCCCUACAAGAGGUAUUUAAUUCUUUUUUUUUUUUUUUUUGUAUCAUAUCAUCUGUAAAUUAUAAAAUACAUCAUCUUUUUAUUUACUACCUGUCAUAAUAGCUAACCUGUGAAAUCAAAACAUGUGCAAAAAAAUCCACAGAACAACCUGUACAAAAACAUAAAAAACCUGUGCAAAAAAUUGAAAAUUUGAAAUAAUUACGAUUUACUAUUUGUAUUUAUUUGUUUCAUUUAAAUAUCCCUGUUUUGGAUACAUGCAGUCUUUUGAUUUCCUUUCAUUGCAGGCGGACACACAAGUUGAGUUUGAAAAGAAAGCAUUUUACACAGCCUCUAUGAAAUAUGUUCUCAAGCUGCAAGAAGUGCAGGAGAAGAAAAAGUUUGAGUUUGUAGAGAUAGUAAGUCGUGUCAGUAUUUAAAAAUUCUAAAUCGUGGGUCGUCAAAUGAGUUACCGGUAUGUUUUUGCUAUUCUGAAAAAAUGUUGGUUUUUGUAAUUCUCAAAUUUGGGUCAUCUAGUAAGUUUCAAUUUUUUAUUUUUUAAUCCUCAAAUUUGAGUCGUGGCCAUAUUUAUGCAUAGUCUAAAUGUCAACUUUCUAAUUAGUGUGAAAAAUUAUGCAAAUUCCUGCUGAUCAAAUGUUUUCUAAAAUGUACAUGUCCCAAGUGAAUUAUAUAUACCGGUAACGUAUUUAUUGGCGUAUAACACACACUUUUUCUCCCUGAAAAUAGGGGGCAAAUGAUGUGUGUGUGUAAUACGCCGAUAUAACGUUUAGAUUUUUUUCCUAAAAUUUCCUUCUUAAAUUGAGAUGCGUGUUAUACGCAGGGGCGUGUUAUACGCCAAUAAAUACAGUAUAUAAUAAUAAUAAUAUAUAUAUAUAUAUAUAUAUAUAUAUAUAUAUAUAUAUAUAUAUAUAUAUAUAUAAUCUGAUCCACUGUUUUACCUCAUGUCAUAUGUUCACCUGCAUACUGUAUCUAUUCUGAAAAAUUUAUAGUUCUUUGAUCCACUGUUUUACCUCAUGUCAUAUGUUCACCUGCAUACUGUAUCUAUUCUGAAAAAUUUAUAGUUCUAAUUUAUUGAUAUCUUCAGCUGUUGAGUUACAUGCUGGGCUGGCUUACAUUUUACCACCAGGGCUACGUGGACCUUGAAGAGUUUCAAAGUUACGAGAGCAACCUUAGGCUCCUGUUACAAAAGGUUGUUGUGCAUUGUUAUUUUUAAAUUUGUCUCCAUGUGGCUGACACAGCUUGAGAACAAAAUGUAUUUUGUAAAAUAAAACUUUAAUGGAAGUUUCCACAGUUGAAAAAUUUAAUAAAAAUGUUAAAAUCAAAAUUUAUGCUAACCGUUUAUUAGAUUCAAUUUGGAGUCAUCAUUUAGAUACAUUUCAUUGAAAUUUGAGGCACAAUCUGAAUACGAAUUUUACUGUUUGGAUGGCAUCAUUUAAAAAAUUGUUCUAUAUCCUUGUGUUUUUCUUAAAAACUCUAGACAAGGGAAAACUUUGACUGCACCAAAGAUGAGGCACAAAUGUUGAUGGGGAAAAUGCUGAAUGAAAACAAGGGCCUGGUGAGUACCCUUUUGCUAAAUACAUGCUCCAGUUAACUUUACAACAUUUUAAAGAUAUUUAAUAUUGCACUGCAUUAUACAAAGGGUAAAGCCAAACCCAGUGAACUGAAAUUUCAUAACGGUAAAAGUAUAAACAUAUUAAAAAGCCAACGUAUGGCAUGAUGACUGGCUCUGUGCAUAAAUGUGAAUGUGUUUGUCUGGCAUAACCUUCUGGCUAUUGUAAUUUUUCAUGAACUAACACUCACCAUUACUUUGCACUGACCUGUCUUGCCCAACCUGUAUCUAGCUACAUGCAGCACAGUGGGUAAGAACUAGUCGUUGUUGCCACCACAUACAGCCUACUUUUACUAGCCUUAAUUAUUUAGUUGUUUAAUUUUGUGAUGUGUUUGUUUUAUUUUUUUGACUUAACCUUUUCACUUUAACAUAUCACAGUUCAUUUUCUAUCAGACCUGUUUACUCUUACGAUUUUGGCGUACAAUGUACGAUUUUUAGAUGUCUUUUAUAAAUUGUACGCCGAGACCCGCUAAAACUACGAUUUUCAGAGGCCCGUUGGAAAAAAAAAAAUUCCCGAUUAAAAAAAUUAAUAAAUUUUCGGUUUUGGCACUUUUAGCCCUCUCUAAAAUAAAGAUCUGGCAGUGAAUAUGACCAAGAAAAACGAUUGUUUUUUUUUUGUUUUUAUUUAAAGUUGGGACAAUUCUUCAUUAUAUUUAAUAAGCAUUAAUGGGGAGUGGGGGCUAUUGAUUAAGGAAAUUGUGGCAUACGAGACACGCAUGGGUAGGGGAUUGGUGGGAGUGUCAAAGGAUAUAAAUAAAUCACCGCGACGUACGAUAUUGAUGGUGAUUGUCGUAUUGCUGCUUUGUGUGUCACAGUCACAGUGAACUAGCUCGUUGCGUCAACAGUAAUCUUUAGACUAGUCUCCUUAGCGACAACUUCACACACCAUCGCCUUUGACUGCUGCCAAGCGUGUGAUGUAGUUUUGUUACAUAAUUAUUUUGUUCCUCAGAACCGCAGCGAUUGUGAAAACGGAUGUUUUAUAAAAUAGAAUACAUUAUCCACCUGAUCUGGACUGGAGCGUUGGAUUUGGGGAAAAUUUUUAUAAGAGCCAGUCGGCGGCAGAUACAAACUUUGUUUAUAACUCGUAAAGCAGCUCUAUGCCCUCAACGAUUUUAAUCCAACAGUUUGGUAUCACUACUCCUACUACCCCCCCUCCCCCUGCCCCUACACACUUUUCUUUUUACAGCUUGCGGUAGUUAGACUAUAGCAGUGGUUGGCAAAGCGCGGCUCGCGAGUUGCAUGCGGCUCUUUAGUGAUCUAAGUACGGUUUUGACUCCCAAGAACAUGGUUCUUGACAGGUUCUUGAAAAAAAAUGUGGCUCUUAAACAAAUUGUAAUCGCCCUGUUGGUGAUUUUUUUGGCUCUUUUAACUAAUGAGUUUGCCCACCAUGGGACUAAAGUGUGUUGGCGGGAAAAAAAGCAGGCGCCUUUUGGGUAGGCGACGGCACAGUUUUUUUCCCCUUAAUGAGGGUGGGGGAUGGUUGGAAACAAAUAUGUCACAGCACGGAAAGACUUGUCACUAUGUCAUGUUUAAUAUUACUAUGGUACUACAGUGAUUUAUUUAUGAAAAAUCAAAGAUACGAUAACGGCCAAACAUUGUGGUGAUAUUUUUAUAGCCUUUAUAAUAAUAAUUAAUAAUAAGCCUAAUUAGAAUUUGUGGAUUUCACAGAUUAUCCGGUGACAGUUGGCUCUAUAAGAGACUGUCAGGAUAAUCAUUAAAGAAUUCAAGCAUAAAUGUAGGUGCAUUCUGCGCCCCCCCCCCCCCCCCCCCCCCCCCACGAUCCCAUCAAAGCUGCCAUGCGCAUCCUUAGCGCGUACGUAAUAAACAGUCAGGCUUUUCAUUAGCAAUCAAUCAGAGACAAAAGGGGUGGUGUUCAUUUAGGAGAUCGUGUGCAUGGCGUCCAUUUAAAUUUAGAUGCUCAACACCGCCAAAUUUUCGUAAUGACACUUCGGGUGUGUGUGUUUGUGGUUGGGGGGGAAUCCUCGGCAGAAAGUAUGUGUGUUAGUAAGAAAAUUCUACAAUAUUCAUUUUUUGACGCCAACUUAACUCGAUUCCACUGAACACCGCUAUAGGAGUAGUUAUUAUAUCUAUGAUGUAUACUGUAGUUUUAUUUAUUGACUAUUAAUAUACUGUAUUGUACGAUUUUUAGACCAUAUUGUACGAUUUUAGGGGUUUGAGGGUAAACAGGUCUGUUCUAUUUACUAUUUAUGGCUCCAUUAAAAAAAAAUAUUUAAGAAAUUAUAGAUGUGAACAUGCACAGACACUAAUAAAAUAAUUAUAAACACAUUAAAAGAACAUGAUUUAUAAGCCUUAGAGGAACCAUCUUAAAAUUUCAUGUCAUUACUCUUUGAAAUCACACUUGGGGAAAUUUUUGUAGAUGACAUUUGCCAUAUAAUUUGUAUACAACAGCUGGCUAGAUUCUUCAACUAUUGGCUAGCCCCCAGAUAUUCUGCUUUGUCUAUGCAUUGUAUAACAAGGUAGCCCCCAGAUAUUCUGCUUUGUCUAUGCAUUGUUGUAUAACAAGGUAGCCCCCAGAUAGUCUGCUUUGUCUAUGCAUUGUUGUAUAACAAGGUAGCCCCCAGAUAGUCUGCUUUGUCUAUGCAUUGUUGUAUAACAAGGUGUAAUUUUAAAUGUCUCUGUUUUGGUCUUGAUCCUUUCUGUGAUUAAACAAAUAGCUCUUGCAUUACACUACAAUUUUAUAUGUUUAGUCCCCAUAGGGGUUGUGGCUAAUACAAAAAUGGAUUUGUUUCGAUAUUUUUUUGUUGUCGAGACACACAUAUUUUAUUUUUUAAAAAUUAAAUGUUCAAGUGCCAUCAUAUUACUGCUUUUUAUUUUUAAAAAUUAAAUGUUCAAGUGCCAUCAUAUUACUGCUUUUUAUUUUUAAAAAUUAAAUGUUCAAGUGCCAUCAUAUUACUGCUUUUUAUUUUUAAAAAUUAAAUGUUCGAGUGUCAUCAUAUUACUGCUAUUAUUUGUCAAAGGAGCCCAAAUUACUCGUUGCAAUAAUAUUUCUGAGAACAUUUUGGAAAAAAAUAAUACAUUUUUAAAAAAAUUUUGUGUACUGUUUUCUAUCUUUGAUGUUUAUUUCUCAGUAGUUUUUAGUUUUUAUCAUAGCAUGUCUCCCUGUGCUAGACAUAACUUCCCAGUUUCUUUUAGAUUUGGGAUGUUUUUGUGUCAUUAAAAUGUUAAAAAUCCAUUUUUCUCAACAUGGUAACACUUCUAGAUUAUUAAUAAAAUAUUCUUAGUCAUCUUUAAUUAAAUAUCUUCAUGCACAUAGAAUCUUUAUAGUACUGAAUUUUUUUUAAAAUAUACAAUUUCUUUCUCAAGAUUGAUUUUUGUAAAAUAUUUUAAUGAAAUUCUAAAUUCAUAAAGAUAAUUUUGUUGAAUUUCAACACUCUCAACUGCCCCCACCCUCUACUUUUAACAUCUUAUUUCAGAAACCCUUGGAUCAGUCUGGCACACUCAAAGGCUUUACUCGGCAGGGAUACCUUUACCUGAUGGAGAAAAGUAAUGAACAGACCAGUAGUCUAGCAGUUUAUGUGUUUAUGCUCUUACACUCACAGUUUAGCACAGUUAAAUUACACUCAGAUUUAAAUUACACUCACAGUUAAACACAUUUAAAUCACAUUUAGAGACCGACCGAAAGUGAUUUUCUGAUUUUGGCCAAAAUGAGGCUGAAAGUUAAAAAUGACUUUCAGCUAAAACUGUAGCCGAAACAAAAAAGUUAACUAGACUUUCGGCCGAAACCGAAAUAUAUAGAUAUUUUGAAAUUGUUUCACGCAUACAUUCUGCAUACAUCGAAAAAUGGUGGGGGAAAGUAUCAAUAUUUACAUUCUUUUUAUAAAAAAUGAGAUUACUGUGAAUAUUAAUAAAUAAUUAUCUAUUGAAUACUUUGGCUUUUACCCUUUAAAUUUAAAAAUAACUUAAAUUUCUUCAAAAUGUAUUUUAAAGUAGUAGGGUAAGAGAAAAUUUAGACGGGAGGGGUAAAAUUCAUGCAAAAUAGAUUCUUGAAAGCCCUUUGCUUUUAUUAUAUAACUACAACCUUACCUCGACAUAUAUCUACAAUAAUUAUUGUGGCUCUAAUAGAGCCAAUUUUCACCUAAAUAUCAGUUAUUAACUGAUUAGCUACCAGAUUGAAAAACCCGCUGUGGCAGAAUUAAAUCCAGGUCACUUUUUCUCACUUUAGGUCCAUGUACAAAUACAGCUGCAGUUUUCUCAAUUAUAAACAUAUUCUAAUGAUUAAUAAACCAUUUUGUGGGUAAUUGAAUUGUCCAUAGGAUAAACUUAACACAUUUGUAAAGGUAAGUUUUGUUGGGAAAUUAUUAAUUGUUAAAUUAGCAUUUACCACAGAAUAUCAAUAAAAAAAUAUAUAAAUGUACCAAAUUACGUAGAAAUUUUAAAUUUACAAAUCAAUGAAAGCCUUUUAUUUGGUUGUUUACAAAUAGUAUAUCCAAUAAUAAGAAAAAUGCACCAAAGAGCACAGAAAUUGAAUAAUAUUUACACUUCCAAUCACUUGUUUGCCUUUAGUAACACUGUCACUUGUUGCCAUGGUAAACAAGUAGUACAACUUUGUAACUAGCUUGGAAAUUAAAUCAAAAUUAAUUAACAGCUUCUUUUUUAAAACAUUCUUUCGAUAGCAUGUUGAUCGAAUAUAAACAUCCUGUCGGUAAAUUAAAAUAUAGAAGCAAAACGGGAACGGAAUAAUAUAAAUGAUUUGACUUGAUUUACUACGAUACAAACCUUGGUGAUACCAAUGGCUCGUGGCCAUAACGAAAGAAACACCCAGCCGCUCCGACCGGCUCGUGAUAGUUAACCAGUUAAGGCUGUAAAAAUAUCACCACAAUGUUUCAUGGUUAUCAAUCAUACUAAUGCCUUAUGUAUUCAUAAAUAGCUGGCAAGAUAUCGCUGUAUUAAUAUUUAGCCUAGUACCAACACACUAGUCAUUACGUGCUGGUGAUGUAAUCAUUUCAUUCGGGGACCAAUCUCCCUCACCCUCAUUGGUGGGGGCAAAAAUAUUCUUUUAAUCGGGUCUCUUAAAACUGUUGUUCUGACCUGUCUUGAUGGAAAAUGGCUAAAGACAUCUCAAAAUCUUACAUUGGUUGCCAAAAUCAUAAAAAGUAAACAGGUCUCCAGUAGGCCUCCAACGUAAUUAUCAUAUAAACCUGUGACACAUCCACAGGCGUGUUAUUUCGUCAAUACCAAUGAUUAUGAGCAUGAUUAUGAUGAAUUUCUAGAAAUGAAUGAAUUGAAAAAGCCUAAGUUUCCCAGAUUUUUAUUUUUAAAAAAAUAAUGCAAAACUGAUUAUGGAAAUAUUACCAUUCCCUAAGAUUAUUCAAUAUUUGUCACCUUCGCCUAUGACAACAUUGAUGAGCAUGAUAAUGAUAAAUCAAAAUGAAUAUCACGAAUGAAUUGAAUAAACAUAGGGUUCCAAAUUUUAUUUUGGAAAAUUUAAUACAAAAAUAAUGAUCUAAAUAUUACCAUUCCGUUUGUUUUUCUUGCACAAAACUAUUUACAUUUGCCUCAGCCUAAUUCAAAUUUAAUUUUGGAAAUAAAGUACAAGUAGGUCAUCAUGCAGCUGUGACCUGCAUUUGAAGAGUAUUAGUCAUAUAUAAUACAUUGAGAAAUAAUGAAGAUUGGAUUGCCGGCCUAGAGACAGACAGACAGACAGUCUGACUUCUGGUAGAUGACAGAAAACCUCAGUCACUUUCGGCAUGAUGGCCGAAAGUCUCGAUCACUUUUGGCCGAAACCUAAAUUAAACCAAAGUUAACUUUUCUGUUUUGACCGAAGCCAAAAUUCGGCCGGUCUCUACACGCAGUUGAACACAGUUCUGUGUUAGCAUAAUGUUUGUAAAGUCCUCAGCAUCAGCUCAAAUAAAUCUCAUUUAGCUAUUAAAUCUAAAAUUUAUAGCUGACACUGACAAGCCUAAAAUAAAAAAUAAUACUGGUACAGAGAAGACUUGCAAUCAAGUUGAAAGAUAAAGCAAAGAGGAAACAAUUAAGGGAUUUAAAAAAAAAGAAAAAGGCGGAGGUGUUGGCAAAAAGCCUUCUUCGCCAAACAAAACAAAUUAAAAAAAAAAAGUAAAGUAAGCUCAGCUGAUGAGGUAGGAAGCUGUGUCUCAUCACAAGGCAAAUGCACUGAUCUAAAUAGUGAAGUAAGCUCAGCUGAUGAGGUAGGAAGCUGUGUCUCAUCACAAGGCAAAUGCACUGAUCUAAAUAGUGAAGUAAGCUCAGCUGAUGAGGUAGGAAGCUGUGUCUCAUCACAAGGCAAAUGCACUGAUCUAAAUAGUGAAGUAAGCUCAGCUGAUGAGGUAGGAAGCUGUGUCUCAUCACAAGGCAAAUGCACUGAUCUAAAUAGUGAAGUAAGCUCAGCUGAUGAGGUAGGAAGCUGUGUCUCAUCACAAGGCAAAUGCACUGAUCUAAAUAGUGAAGUAAGCUCAGCUGAUGAGGUAGGAAGCUGUGUCUCAUCACAAGGCAAAUGCACUGAUCUAAAUAGUGAAGUAAGCUCAGCUGAUGAGGUAGGAAGCUGUGUCUCAUCACAAGGCAAAUGCACUGAUCUAAAUAGUAAAGUAAGCUCAGCUGAUGAGGUAGGAAGCUGUGUCUCAUCACAAGGCAAAUGCACUGAUCUAAAUAGUGAAGUAAGCUCAGCUGAUGAGGUAGGAAGCUGUGUCUCAUCACAAGGCAAAUGCACUGAUCUAAAUAGUAAAGUAAGCUCAGCUGAUGAGGUAGGAAGCUGUGUCUCAUCACAAGGCAAAUGCACUGAUCUAAAUAGUAAAGUAAGCUCAGCUGAUGAGGUAGGAAGCUGUGUCUCAUCACAAGGCAAAUGCACUGAUCUAAAUAGUAAAGUAAGCUCAGCUGAUGAGGUAGGAAGCUGUGUCUCAUCACAAGGCAAAUGCACUGAUCUAAAUAGUAAAGUAAGCUCAGCUGAUGAGGUAGGAAGCUGUGUCUCAUCACAAGGCAAAUGCACUGAUCUAAAUAGUGAAUCCAAAUCCAAGCCACUUCUACUGCCUUUUCUAAUUAUGUAACCUGACACCCCCCCCCCACCCUUUUUUUUCCCUUGUUAAAUGCAAUCAUAUUCUGCAUUCUUUCAAAUGUUGGGUUUUUUUAAUCAAGGGAUAUAAAAAAAAUUUCUAGUUAAGUCUAUACAAUUAAAAAUUUGACCAGUAUAAUUUGAUGAAAGCACCUAAUCAGGGUCUUAAUUUGAUCAAGUUUGUGAUUCUCAAGUUGACCUCACCCAAAUGUUGACUUUCCCCAUGCAUUCUUCCAGAGGCUCUAGGCACAACAUCAUGGACCAAAUAUUACUGUCAGUACAAGAAAGAAACUAAAGAAUUUUACAUGAUUCUCUAUAACCAGAUGGGAGGGAAACUGGUGAGUGCUUGCUGCCAGUGUCAUUAGGUUAGAUAGGUCGGUGUGAAAAUGCUACAGCAUAGUACAGGGGCUGUUUUCAAACACAGAGUUAUUUUUAGCCACCACUUAGACUUGCUGGCUUGACCUUGAAAUUGACAUCACUGAGUGAAUGUAUUGUAUUUCACCCAGUGAAUGUAUUACCACCCAGUGAAUGCAUUGUCACUUUUUUUCCCCUAUUUUUACAAAAUAACCUGAGAUUCAGGGUUUAUUACAUUACACUGUGUCAUUUUACAAAAUAAUCUGAGAUUCAGGAUUUAUUACAUUACACUGUGUCAUUUUACAAAAUAACCUUAAAUAAUUGACUAACUUACGACUCUUUAAUAGUUGCAUUCAUGUUCACACCAUAUCUGCAUGAUUUUCAUCAAGUCAUUUAUUGUGAUCUACAGAAUGAACCUGAGAAGUACAUACUGGAUAAAUGUGUGAGGUAAUUAGAUGUGAAAUAUUUUUUUGGAAGAGUCACCAUACUGUGAGUUAUUGGAAUGUCUUAAAGAAAGAAAAAAAAAGCUUAAGUUAUUGAAAUAGUAGAUGAAGUUCGUCAUGCACUUAGAAGUUAUUGGCCUAGAAUUAAUUUUAAAAAUUUAACAUUUCUAUGUUAGGUGUCUGUCUUAAUGUUGAUUUCAGCAACAGUCUCUGAUACAAAAGAAUUCGUUGACCACAAAACAAGCCAUUAGAAUUUUAAGCACUUGUAGAUACUGUGCGCUAGCAGGAGCAUCACGUCAUUUUAAGAUUAUUCUGAUUUAUAUCAUCUUCAUCCCUUUCAGACGAGCCACUGACAGUAUCGAGAAGAGAUUUUGUUUUGAUGUGACCCUAAAGGAAAAGUAAGUCUUGUUUUGUCUCACAAACUGACCUCUUGUUGUCAAGCUCCCGUGAUCGUGUGGACUCCUUCAAUUUAGUGGACAUCCUUUGUAAACUUCCUUUCAUGGCAUCAACCCUCAGACACCAACUCUGACACAUUCAUUUUUGUGCUAAAAGUUCCUGCACACCGUUGGUUUCCGUUAACUUGGUGAUGCCCCCAUGCAAACCUUUCAGCCAUCAAACAGUAGGGCUUUGGUUCUGUACUGUUUAUCUGAUAGAUGUUGUGUUAAACCUGCAUCUCUCUUUUUCUAAAACAAGUUUUGAGAAUCAAGAGUUCCUCACAGAUCUGCACCUAAUAACCUAUGCUUGAUUUACAUGCUUUUCACUGGGUUGUUUCCUUUUCUUUCCCAUUCCAAAUUGAUCAACUGACUGAAUAGGAAAGAUAGAUGGCUUUUUGGUAGUUUUUGUUCAGGCCUAGACUAGAGAGCGAGACUAACCCAUGACAUAAAUCCAACCACACGACUCGCUUUUUACAUGUCGCUAUAAAGAAAGCGGGAAUAUCCCCGUUAAAUUGAGAUUUAUUGUUUUGUCGGUCGGGGAGCGUCCAUUGUUUUAAUAGCUGAUCUAAUUUUCAUUGUUAUGAUCAUAAGCAGCUGAGUACCUGGGUGGAUGUAGUUAUGACAUUUGGCAAUUUACUCAUCACUAACAUUGGGGAAAUAAUGGAAUACAACACAUAAACUGACCAGUUAUGAAUGUAAAUCAAUUUAUUUUACAGGCAUAAAUUUUAAAAAAAUAUAUUUAUUUUAAAGAACUUUCUAAAACCAUCCCGGGUGACUGUGUGGUUGAUCUCCUUCGGAUGGGGUUUCAACGGAUAAAAUAUCAGAGGGCUCGGGGCUGAUUGGGUCAAUGUUAACGCCUAUUACAGGCCUGAGUCCUAAACAAUUUGAGAAGAUAGGCUCUUUAUCCUUAUUCUGAAAUCAGGAAAACCUUACAUUCAAUAUGUGAUUAGAUUUUAAACUGAAAUCUUUGUCCUGUGUAUUUGCUAGCUCUCUAUCAUUUAGUUUAUAAAAACGUUGGAAUGCUCCCAUUACACAUUUUUGUUAUAGAACUAUAGAGAAAUGGGACCAUCAUGUAGAAAACUUAUUCUUUUUUUUUAAUGAAAUAGUAGAACAAGGUUUGUUGAAGCUUAAAUCAAAAGACAUGACAAUGAGAUGUUAACAGGACAAAUGAAAAUACAACAAGAAACAGAGCACAGUAAAAAAAUUAAGAGCUCUCUCUUGUUGUUGUCUUGUCUUUUGAUUCAAGCUUCAACAUACCUUGCUCUGCUAUUUUAUUCACAAAGCUUGAAUGCAGUCCUUCAAUUACAUUCUUUUUUUUUUUUUACUGCUUAUCCAAUAUUCACCCUGUGGCUCAUAGAAACUUAAAGUAGCCAUGCUGUUGUUGAACGUAAUUAAAGGAGUAAGGUUUAAGUUACAGCACUAUGUCUAUAUGAGUAAGUUCGUCCCCGGCCCAUCCUUACUUGUCUGUGUAAGCUAGAUCGGCCUGCCCACAAAACCACUAAUGCUCAUCCCUCAUGUCACUAACUGUCUCAUCACUAGUCUGUAAGCUAGAUCGGCCUGCCCACAAAACCACUAAUUCUCAUCCCUCAUGUCACUGUCUGUCUCAUCACUAGUCUGUAAGCUAGAUCGGCCUGCCCACAAAACCACUAAUUCUCAUCCCUCAUGUUACUAACUGUCUCUAGGUUAGACGAGAGCACCGCAGGAGACUUGCGCACUUUCCCCGCCAAUGUCUUAAAAUCACCUCUGAAACAACAACACAAAUUACUGAGAGAAAGGUUGCCCGUUUGGUUUGCCUGCCUGCUUUCAACACGUUUUUACAUUUCCCAGCCAGUUACAAUUUAUUGAUUCUGCUUAGAUGUUUUGUUUUCUACCUGAAAGCUUUGCCAGAUUUUUUAUAAAUGUUUAGUUAGUUUUCUCUUUUCAUUUAAUUCUCAUUGACAUUUUUUAAAUAUUCUUUGCAUUGUUCUAAUGGGUAUUUUCACAAAAUGUUAAGUUUGAGACGGAAACAUAAAAAAAAUUGAGUAUUGCAACUGUACCACCAAGAAUUUCAAGUUGAAAAGAUGUGCUAAUGAGUUAACGACUUGAAUAUUUAUUGAUGAUAUAUUUAACUAAAACUUGGUGAAACUACCCCCCCCCCCCCCCCCCCAACCGUCCACUCCUUGCUCUCUCCAUUCUCAUAAUUUUCCAAAGAGAAUGCCUUUUUUUGCAGUAUGUUACAUAUAUUCACUACACAAUGAGUUGUUUAUGAUAACCACCCACUAUUCACUACAAGUUCUUUAAAAAUUCAAAUAUUUUUUUUGUUGCUCUUACCAGUGCGUAGAAACGAAUUCAAUGAAAAUGUUCAGUCAUUGAUUCAUUUAUAAAGAAAUAUGGGCAUACAUUUACUGUUAUUGGUCAUUAGUUACUUAGAUCUAUCAAUCUUCUUGAAUUGCCUUUACUUUUUCUUCAUAGACACAAAGGAUUUUCUCUUAAACCAAUAAAGUAAAUUAAUUAUUUUUAUUUAGCAUGGGUCGUCCUUUAAUAUCACUUUCAUUUGUUCAAUGAAAUCAAAUCAACCUGGCGAAACUUGCUGCUAAUCUCUCCUAUAUAGGCUUGUAUUUCUUAGAAUUACCUUUCUUUUCAAAAUAAAUGUGAUACCAAAGUAGAAGUCAUAAUUUUUGAGACAUGUUAAAUUAUUUCUUUUUAAAAUUUUCUCUUACUAUGAUCAAUGGAAUGCUUUUCAUCAUUCAGAAUGGGAUUCUUAAACUUCACCAGAAAGUAAUGUUCUCCUUGUUUUGACUCAGUACUUCAACUUUAUACGUUUGCAUCCCAGUUGAAUGCUCUUACCUUAGAAACAUAAAGAUCUUGUCAAUGGGUUUGCCCACAGUCAGCAGCAGGACUGAGCAUUCUCCAACAUAGCCAUGGCUGUAACUAGGCCAAACCAACUUUUCCCCAUUUCAUGUCAAACUUUCAACUCUGUUCACUAGUCUGCUAAAGAAGCUCAUUUCUUCAACUGAUCACCUAAGGGGUCAGCAAAAAAAACUUAUGGCAUGAAUUCUUAUCAACUCAGGCCUCAACUCCCAAAUUAUAAACAUUAAAUUGUGUCUGGAGCCUUUCAAAGACAAAGAACCAAAACUUGUUUACAAUUUUGAUCACUACUUCGUUACAUUUUUCAUAGUGGUAUAAUUACAAAGCUCUGCAACUGUUUUUCUGCGGCACACAGGUGAACCGUGUGAAGCGUGAGAAGAUGUCUUCAAAGAUGAUGAAAAUCAUGCAAAGAUGUUAUAAAUUGUUUUGAAACGUGAGGGCAUGACAAAUUUUUUUUUAAAAACCUAAGGGUGAUGACUGGACAAAUAACAAGCUGUCAAAAGUUUGAUGUUUGAAGUGCUAUAGCACAGCACAUCUACAGGUUUAAAUCUGGCAGGUCACAUGAUUAGUCACCAUCUCCGGCAUGUCAGAAGCAACCAGUAGAAUUUGAUCCUGUCAACUUUGCCUUUGAUCCUACACUUUUCAUCAAUGCAGUGUGCAAUACUUUGACUAGGUGUUGAUUGCUGGUGGUUUAAACAUUUGUGCAGAGAUAACAUGCCAUCACCCAGACAUGAAAACAAACCCAAUGCAAGCUAGCCCCCCCCCCCCCCCCCCCCCUGUCCAGACUCAGUGUACCAAAAAUUGUUCAUCUGAUUUGUUGACACUCAUUGACACAGUUAAACAUUGUUUUACUUGGGAUAUAUAAUUUUUUUUAUAGAUAUUGCUUUGUUUUGUUAAUGUUUUUUUGUGUGGCUUGUUUGUUUUCAUCAAAAUAGGCAGAGAAGUCAUCUCAAUAGUUGUUGUUAAUUUCAAAUCUUGUUAAUUUGUGUAUGGAGUUUUUUUUUACAAUGUAUUUUCCCUAUAUUUCUGUCCUGUUGAUAUUCAGGCAUAAACAGGAAAACAACUGCUUUAGGCCAUGCACCUUGGUAUAUACUACCUACUUGCGCCUGUUCGUUUCACGUCUAAGAGAAAUUAAAAAAAAAAAUGUUGGUAAAAGUAAAUAGCAGUUAAGCAGUUGAGUUUUUUCCCCCCUGUGUUUUAAUUGUGGUUUGCCGCAGACAUCUGGGAGGGUAUAGGUGUGCCGUGAGGGGAAAAACGGUUGCGGAGCACUGGCAUAAUAUACAAGAAUCCUAAGAAUGUUCAGUGGCCAUCUUUGACUCAAGAUUGACCAGACAUUUUACCAUCAUCUCAAUGGGUUUUUAUAUAUUUGAUUUAGGAAUGUUUCCCCUUUUGUUCUAGUGAUUAGUUUAUGUUUUUAAAAAGAAAAAACAUCAUCUCAUAUUUGGACUCGUGAUAAUGAUAUUUUAAAGUCCCUUUUAUUUCCAGUAACUUAAAUGUUUUAAUUCCCUACAGUAUUUUUCUUAAAAUACUUCAAAAUAAAUUAUUGUUAAUUAUUUUAUUAUAGGAAUUACUCUACUUAAUCUUUUAUUUUAAAAUCUAUACAAUUUUAAAAAAAUACUAAAUAUGGAUAUUUAAAAAAAAAAAAACACUUCAACAUAGUAUUUAACUUCUUUUCUCUUUUUGAAAAAAAACUUGAAUCUUUAAAAAUUUUUAAUGAGUCAGUUGAUAAAUAAUGAUCCUUUGAAAACCCCCUUGAGAUAUUUUGUGCUUUAAUCAUGUCAACAGCAACAUUUAUUGAUUGUAUGUGACUUUUCUUGUAUGUCUUUGGCAGAUCCGUGCCCUUGACCUUCCAAGCACUAUCUGAUGAUGACAGGAAGCUUUGGUUGGAUGCUAUGGAUGGGAAGGAACCGGUGAGUGGGGCUUUUUAAUAUAGUCCGAACAUUUUACAGAUUAGUGGGGCUUUGAAGUAAGUGGGCAUACUUUACAGGUGAGUGGGCGCUUUGAAAUAUGGGGGCAUAAUUUACAGGUGAGUAGGGCUUUAACAUAUAGUGGGCAUAAUUUACAGGUUAAAAUAGAGUUGGAAAAAUCUACAGGUGAGUUGGGCUUUCCGACAAAGUGGGCAUAUUUAACAUGUGAGUUGGGCUUUUAAAUAAGAUGGGCACCAUUUACAGACGAUUUAGGCUCUUAAAUCUGGUAGGCAGUCAAGUUUGUUAAUACUGGUUUAGAUGAUCUCUAUUUUCAUACAAAAUAAUAUCUAUGUUGAAAAGGUAAUUAACCAUGGGUGUCUUUGUUUCAGACCUACACAAUGCAUAAUAUCAAAACAGAGGAAUGUAAGUAUCAGGGAUAGCUGAUCUUAUCUACUUCUAGCUCUCUAUAUAAUUUAUAUCUUGUCCAGCUCUGUACACAUUUUAUAACUCAUCAUGCUUUAUAUCUCAUCUAAUUCUGUACAUGUUUUAUAACUCAUCUAGUUCUGUAUAUGUUUUAUAUCUCAACUAGUUCUGUGUAUGUUUUAUAACCAUCUAGCUCUGUAUAUGUUUUAUAACCCAUCUAGCUCUGUACAUGUUUUAUAACUCAUCUUGUUCUGUACAUGUUUUAUAACUCAUCUAGUUCUGCACAUGUUUUAUAUCUCAUCUAGUUCUGUACAUGUUUUAUAUCUCAUCUAAUUCAUGUGUUAUAACUCAUCUAGUUCUGUAUGUUUUAUAAUCCAUCUAGCUCUGUAUGUUUUGUAACUCAUCUAGUUCUGUAUGUGUUUUAAACCUCAUCUAUUUCUGUUAAUGCUUAUAUAGCUAAAUCCUAAGGUGAUUAUUUUAUUCAUUAAAUAUCCCACCUGAACUGAAAUGGCUCUGAUCUUAUCAGUUCUAUAGAUUGACUAGUAUUUGACCCUUCUCCUCACAGACCGUCCCGUUAAUGGGGAUGAAUCCUUUAGAGCAGGGGUGUCAAACUCAAUUGCUCGGCGGGUCAAAACGCAAAUCCUGUUUAAGGUUGCAGGCCGUACUGGAUAAACAUUCAAUAAGCGGAAAAUAACCUUUUUUUGAAAAAAACAUUUCAAUGAAAAAAUAAAAAAAGUUUUAAUAAUUAACAAUCAUUGGCAUUAGUUCUUAUGCCAAUUUGUCAGAGCUGGAUGUUUGGCACAUUGUCUUGUCUACAAAAACAAGUAAGUUCAGUUAAGUUGGGAGUAAUGUUAUGGUUCAUUGAGAUUCUCAUGAUGGACUGCAAGUGUUCACCAGUGAGACAAAUCCUGUGCAAUGUUUUGCUAAUCUUCAUCACAGAAAACAGCUACUGACACAUAUAUGUGCUAUCCAGCAUGCUCAAGGUUGGAGCCGCAUGUAGUCGAAGCUGGGGCAUCUCUCUAGAAAUGAAACAAGUGCACUGUGCAGGCCAAACUGGGUCGUACUUUGCAUUAAGUCUCCCAUUACACUGCAGCUCUAUUAGCUCCAUCUCCAAAUUUACAGGUGCAGUUUCCCUGUCUAUAAUGGGUAACAAAACAGCUCAAAAUUACAAUUCUGUGCUUUAAAGUUACUAAAGCGCCACGCGAACUCCGAGCGAAGUUAACUAAGUUUGUGUGCAUUGGGAAACACCAUAGCGUUGACUAGGAUAUAAAUGUACGCCAGUCAUGUCCUCGAGGGCCUGAUAUAGUUGUUGGGCGGGCCGGAUGUGGCACGCGGGCUUUGAGCUUUAUACAUGCGCUUUAGAGUCAGCCCGCAGAGAGUCAAUGAAGUCCUUUAUUUUUUAUUUCAGCAAUGUUGGAUGAUGUGGGAUUUCACUUUAUCAGGCGGUCUAUAGCAGCUAUAGAGAGUAGGGGUAAGUCAACUUAUAGCAGCUAUAGAGAGUAGGGGUAAGUCAACUUAUAGCAGCUAUAGAGAGUAGGGGUAAGUCAACUUAUAGCAGUUAUAGAGUGGUUAUAAGUCAACUUUACAAUAGCAACUAUAGAGAUUAAUGGUAAGUCAACUUUACAACAGCAGCUAUAGAGAUCAGUGGUAAGUCAACUUUACAAUAGCAGCUAUAGAGAUUAGUGAUAAGUGAACUUAAUGAAGCAAUUGAGAGUCUUGGCCUAUGUAGUCACACAUAAAAAGUGUUAUUUGUGUUUGUUAUCAAACUGUCCUAACAACUAUUCCUAUAAGUUCAGUAAUAACAUAGAUUCUUUCCUUGAUAAUAGAAAUUUUACUUUGUACUGAUUUGUCAACUUCCAAAUUCACAGGCCUGCAUGAACAGGGCUUGUACAGAGUGGUGGGAGUUAACUCUAAAGUAAAUAACCUUAUCAAAGUUGCCUUAGGUGAGUUGUCUGCCCUUGGUUUAACCUACUUCCAUUUAUAUUGUCCUUAAAGUCAUAUUUUUUUAAUCACAAUAUGAGUCCAGUAAAUUUUGACAUGAAAUGUGUAGCAGAGUUAUACAUAUUUUAAAGUGUAUUUAACAUGUAGUAUGAGGCUGCGAGUUAAUAUGCUCACAUGCAGAUUUUAUACGAAAAUUUACAAAAACUUUUGUUUAAUUUUCAGAUCCAAAGAAGACAGAGAAAAUCAAUUUUGAUGAUCCAUCUGUGUGGGAGACAAAGACAAUCACUAGUGCUGUGAAGAAUUACCUUAGGUGCGUACUGAAAUAUCAAUGCUUAGCCAAUAGGGUACCUUGUGUACACGCUGAUAUAUCAAUGCUUAGCCAAUAGGGUACCUUGUGUACACGCUGAUAUAUCAAUGCUUAGCCAAUAGGGUACCUUGGGUUCACCCUGAUAUAUCAAUGCUUAGCCAAUAGGGUACCUUGGGUACACCCUGAUAUAUCAAUGCUUAGCCAAUAGGGUACCUUGGGUACACCCUGAUAUAUCAAUGCUUAGCCAAUAGGGUACCUUGGGUACACGCUGAUAUAUCAAUGCUUAGCCAAUAGGCACCUUGGGUACAUGCUGAUAUAUCAAUGCUUAGCCAAUAGGGUACCUUGGGUACACCCUGAUAUAUCAAUGCUUAGCAAAUAGGGUACCUUGGGUACACCCUGAUAUAUCAAUGCUUAGCCAAUAGGCACCUUGGGUACAGGCUGAUAUAUCAAUACUUAGCCAAUAGGGUACCUUGUGUACACGCUGAUAUAUCAAUGCUUAGCCAAUAGGGUACCUUGGGUACACGCUGAUAUAUCAAUGCUUAGCCAAUAGGGUACCUUGGGUACACCCUGAUAUAUCAAUGCUUAGCCAAUAGGGUACCUUGGGUACACCCUGAUAUAUCAAUACUUAGCCAAUAGGGUACCUUGGGUACACCCUGAUAUAUCAAUGCUUAGCCAAUAGGGUACCUUGGGUACACCCUGAUAUAUCAAUGCUUAACCAAGUUUUGAUAUAAGCAAUUAUUAAGCUUUAACUUUUCUCUGAGUCUACAAGGGAUUUCUAUAUAUUUGCUUCUCAGUUCAAACUUUUCUUAGUAGGUGGCCUUUUAAGAGUUGAGUUGUUUUUUUCUUGCUGGUUGAGCUGAUAUGUUGUUGAUAAUUUCGCUAAGCUCUCAGUUUUUGUCAUGAUAGCUAAAUAUUUUAUUUUGAUUUAGUGAUUUUACACAGAGAACAAAACUUUACUAUGUUCUUUUUCUGACACUCCCUGAGGUCAACUCUCAUAGGCUUUCAGUAAAUAAAACUUGACCACCUAAGACAGCGGUUCUCAACCUGGGGGUCGUGACCCCUUUAGGAGUCAAAUGAUCCUUUCACAAGGGUCGCUUAAGACCAUCGGAAAACACAUAUACCCUCCCAUAUGAAGAAGCAACGAAAAUAAUUGUGGUUGGGGGUCGCCACAAUGUGAGGAAAUAUAUUAAAGGUUCGCAUUAUUAGAAAGGUUGAGAACCACUGACCUUAGAGCUGCUUUAAUAUGCCAAAAAGUCAUUUAAAAAAAUAUAAAUGCUGUUAUAUAUUUCUUUUGGACAAUACACCAAAGAAAAGGUCUCCUGCUGUUCUGCUCCUCAGAGAUAUAAACAAUGAGCUAGGAUUAUUUAUAAAAAUUGUUUAAACGGAAACACUUUAAUUUCUUUGAUGAAAGUUGACAUUAAAUUUUGUAUUUCAGAUCAUUACCAGAGCCUCUCAUGACCUUUCACCUCCAUGAUAAUUUUAUCAAGGCUGCCAGUAAGUGCUUUAUUUAUAGUAUUAUCAAGGCUGCCAGUCAGUGCUCCAUUGAGAAUCAUGUCACCACUGUAAACUCUUAUUUCUGAUGUUUAUUUUGCCCAGUUUCCAAAGUUAUUAAAAUUGUAUUGAAUUGCGAAAAAUAUCUGUCCGUUUGAUGGACUGAGGUCAGUGUAACAUGUAUUUAAGAAAUGUUGGCACCUCCCAUCCUCAGAGCAAGAGAGUAAAACCUUGAGGAUAUUGGAUGUGCACAGAUAUGUACAUCAGCUCCCAAAAGCCAACUUCGAGAUGUUGGAUUUGUUGAUAGGGCAUUUGAAAAGGUGGGUGCACUUUCUUGAAUCAAAUUUUAUUCUGUGCUGAGAAGUGGCUCUCUGGCUAAAACAAUUUUACUCUAUAAAUUACGGGAUCAGCUUAUUCUAAUUUAUGCUAUGCGUCUGAAAAUAAUGUGCACAUGUAGGUUCAUAAGUCAGCAUUCCCGAAGGUCUAAGUAAUUUGAUUGCUUCUCUUCUUAUUUUGUCUAAUAGUAACUAUGAAACGCACAUGCACAUCUUCACCUUUGGUAGAAAAUUAGGCUCACUAGCUUGUGUAUGUGUGUGUGACUGGGAUAAGGGAGCAAAUCCUUACCGUUAACCCAGGAGUUGUGGAACCUUGUUUGACUUUGCAGAUAUGAUACCCCAAAGGGUUUAUUUUUCUAAUCGGGUCAGCAUUGGAAAAAGAAAUAUUUAAAUUAUCCUCAUGGCUUACAAGUCUGAAUCAUUUUAUUUACAACAAAAAUGUCAAACUUACAAUAUAGCCUUAAAUAAUGACUGCUCCCUUGAAAGCCCUUCAGCAUCAGAAAUUCAAGACCCCAAAUAGCAAUGCUUAUUUCCAUGCAUGAACAUGCCGUACAUGAUUGAUGUUUUACAGGGUGGCAUCUGAGUGUGAGACAAAUAAAAUGACGGUAGCCAACUUGGGCGUGUGCUUUGGCCCCUCGCUGAUGCGCCCAGAAGAAGAGUCGAUGGCAGCAAUCAUGGACAUAAAAUUUUGUAACAUAGUUGUGGAGAUCCUCAUUAACAAUUAUGAUCAGGUAAUGAAUGGCAGCCGCAGUGAUAACAAAAAUUUUAAAAAUAUAACAUUCCUGUGGUCCAGUGUUUACUUCAGUCGUCUUUUUCUUGCAUAGGUAGUUUAAAAAACUUUUAUAUCACAAAAUGCAUUAGAACAGUGCAUCAGGGACCGGUGCCUGAUCUUUUAAUUAUUGUUCUUUUUAUUUGACCAAAGAUAUGUCAUAAAAUAUUUUAAACCCGUAAUAUUUAUAAAUAGACUUGAUUAACCUUUUAAUGCUGCCCGUUUAUAGUUUUUUGUUGUUGUUGUUAAGACUGUUUUAUAAUAAAAAAAAUAGACAGAAUAAAACUUCCCUCCCUUGAUGGUAGGUUUCUUCAAGUAGGAGGAUAUAGCAAUGUUUUUUUUCAUGAGCGAAUCAUCUUGUAUUCAACAUUUUGUCCCUUUCAAAAUUUAAAUUACAGCCAGUGAGUUUAGGUUUUUGAUGUGUUUCCUCUUCAGGGUGAAGGGGUGCCGUGGGAAAAUAAGCUAAUCAAACUUGCACUAUUUUUGGACAUCUAACGAGCCGAAAUGUUUCACAUUAAUGCUUUCCCCUUGGGUCAUGUGGAUUCAGUCAUCUUUUCCAUCAUUUAUGUGUGGUAUCUGAGCCCUCCUGUUAUCCAAAGAAACAUUGCUUGGGGUUGCCAGUUUAGACAUAUUUUAUUUUAAUGCCAAUUUUUUAAAUUAAAUUAUUGGCCUGGCCUUGUUUUAUGUGAUCUUUUAAUUGAUAGGUUUCACAUUUCUCUAAAUUUUAAUCUGGCACAUAGCGUCAGCUUCCCUGGCUCCUCUUGCUUGAUGCACACAGCGGGCACAUCCAUAUGGGGAAUGCUACAAUAGAAGACUAUGCUUAUGUUGUACAAAAUUUGCUUGUAUUCCCUCCUACUUGUUAGAAACUAUCAAGAAAUAGAGAACAAUUUUUUAAUUAAAAUCCUGCACAACUCCUUAUAUAAUAUUUAGUUUUCAAAAUAUAAUAUUCAGUUACAUUCACUUAAACAUGCCUUCUUAAAAAUUAUGACCAAGAAAUGUGAAAAAAUUUGAAUAUAUUUUGGAAUUGAUGGGUUAAUUAAUAUUCCAAUUUGACUUGUUUAAAAUACAUUAACAAUUCAAGGUAAUUUAAAAAAAAAAAAAAAAAAAAAAAAUCCUUGAAGGUAUUUUCCUUGCCCAGUAACCAAUAUAAAUUAUGUAUCCAAAAAGAAAAAUAACAAUAAUGGUAUGUUAAAAUAAAUAAACUUGAACAUAUAAAUUAAAAGGUCUACUCUCUAAUUAAAGUUUUAGUGGUCAGAAUGUUCAAUUGUGCUGUUUUUGUUUUUUAUCAACAGAUCUUUAAAAGUCCACCAGAUGGUGCUGACAUCAGUGAAUCCAGAGUUCUUCCCAACAUGACCCCUUCAACCCCGAGACUUCAGGGUGCUGCGGCCAAUCACAGUGAUGUCCCACCACCUAAAGGUUCUGCUUCUGGGGCUGCCAGGAACCAUUCAGCCGGCCAGGUCCCUCGCAUUUAUGCAAACCAAGCUCCAGUCCACCCCAGCGCAGCUGGCGCCAGGGGAAAGAUGAGACCUGUGCAGAUAUUCAAUGCCAAUACUGGAGGUGAGAGUUUGUUGACUGAAACUGUUCUUUGUCAGCUCUAAGAUUCUUUGUUUAAACAUAGGGAAAAAUAGCAGGAGGAUUCAAACUUUGAAGUCAAAAAGCUUCUGAUAUUGUCAAGAUUAUAGCAGUAUUUAAAGAUUUUUUUCUGGUCUUUUAAGAACACAGUGUUGGUGAUUCUUUAUUUCAUUCCUUGUACAAUUAUAAAGCCCUUUAUAUCUACUUUGAUAUAAGCUUAGUUUCUAGGUGACACAUAAAUUUAUUAUUGAUACUAUGUUGCUUGGUAAUAGUCUAGUUUCCAUACUGACCGCUGGUCAAUCAAUUUACAUGGGGUAUGUGAAUGGUUUAUUUAGAAGAAAAUUUAUCUACUAUGAUGCAUAUCGUAUUUCAGGGUUUGACAUACACAGCAGCACCAGCAGCAGUACAGAAUCACUCAAUUCAGCUAAAAGCAACCUGUCUCCCCGUGCCCUCGUGGGAGGUUCGACGCCACCCAUACUGGACUCUGGGUUGCGGCGGGGGUCAAAUAAUAAAGAACAAACCAUGUACUCAAAUGUCAACGCAUUAGGUAAACAGCCACAGUUUGAGACCUCCAAGGAUGUUGUAACUUGUAUUGUCACUGGGCUGUUGUACUUUGUUCAUAAAGGGGAUGUUGUGUUGUUGCUUUUUUAAACAGGAAUAAGGAAGCAUUAUUCAACACUGGCAACAAAAAAGCUACGCUUGCAAUAUUAGAGGCUACAAUAUAUAAAAACAAGUUUUGAUGAAUUUGGAACUAUCAUUAUUUUAUACUAUCACUAUAGGACUGAUAGACAUUAUUUUAUACUAUCACUAUAGGACUGAUAGACAUUAUUUUAUACUAUCACUAUAGGACUGAUAGACAUUAUUUUAUACUAUCACUAUAGGACUGAUAGACAUUAUUUUAUACUAUCACUAUAGGACUGAUAGACAUUAUUUUAUACUAUCACUAUAGGACUGAUAGACAUUAUUUUAUACUAUCACUAUAGGACUGAUAGACAUUAUUUUAUACUAUCACUAUAGGAAUGAUAGACAUUAUUUUAUACUAUCACUAUAGGAAUGAUAGACAUUAUUUUAUACUAUCACUAUAGGACUGAUAGACAUUAUUUUAUACUAUCACUAUAGGACUGAUAGACAUUAUUUUAAAAAAAAAUACUGAUGGAUCUUAGUAUGAGUGGUUUUAAAAAUAUUUUAAAAAAUGGUUCAAUUCUUGUUCUGGGUUAACAGUCUUGAAAUGUUUGCUGUAUUUGUCAGAUAUGGAAGAGGAAGUUCUGUACUCUCCCACUCAGAGCUGUAAGGGAAAUAACUCAAUUUAAAGCCAACUCCUCUAGAUAGACUAGACAUUGGCCAGUAAAAUGCUAGACAUAUUCAAGCCAUGGUCUGCUAGAGAAUACCUUAUUUUUGUGUCCCUGAUUUAGUUGAUACAAUAUUUCCUUGCUAGUUUCACACACAUACUAAUGCUACUUAAGAUGGCAUCCACUUAAAGUGAAUUGAGAAACUGCUGGAAACAUUGAUAGAAUCAAACCAAAGCCCAGAUGUUAAGCUGAACUGUCUCCUACCCAUUUUACACUUGUCAUUUAGGUCACUUGUUGUGACAGACAGAGUGUCCCUUGUCUAAACCAUUAGGUUACUUGUUGUGACAGAGUGUCCCUUGUCUAAACCAUUAGGUCACUUGUUGUUACAGAGUGUCCCUUGUCUAAACCAUUAGGUUACUUGUUGUGACAGAGUGUCCCUUGUCUAAACCAUUAGGUCACUUGUUGUUACAGAGUGUCCCCUGUCUAAACCAUUAGGUUACUUGUUGUGACAGAGUGUCCCUUGUCUAAACCAGUAACUGUUUCUAUUUUACUCUCUGCUCAUGCUCUGUGUCGCAGACCGUAAGUUGUGCUUUCAGUAUGACAUACUUUUUAAAAAAUUUUUUUAUUUGUAAACAAGAUUUUUAUUUUAUAUUUAAGUCACUGGUGACAGAACCAUUUAUGCUGUCAUUUUCUUUCUCUUGACAUUUUUUUUCAUUUACUUUAUAAUAGAACUUUUCCUCUUUUUCCUUACAUAAUAAGACAGCUGAUAUUUUAUUUAAAUUGAAGGACUUAUUCCAUGGAAUAUCUCAAACUAACCUGCAGUACCAAAAGCUUUUUUUUUUUUUAAAGUUGUUAAAAUUAACUUUUGCAUAAAUCCUCUCUUAAAGCCUAUUGCCAUUCAGACUCAUAAACCUUUGACAAAAUACUAUAUGUUUGCUUCAAUUCUAAAAGAAAAAAAAUAAAAAUCUUUAAAUAAGCUAGAAAUGUCUUGCACAGUCAGCUUGUCCACACAUACACUCCCGUUACUGCAUGGAUCCUGUUAGCCAUAAUAGCAGAUAUGAAAAUAUCCUUUACAAAAAAAAUGUGUUGUGAAGAGACAGCUUGUAGUUAAAAUCCUCCCUUAAAGCCUGCUCCAUUAGAUCCUCUCAUUUAUUCCUUUUGUUUAUGCAACUGUGACAUGACAAUGUGAUGUAUCUGUUCAGGUCCCCGAGGAAUCAACUCUGAUGUGUAUUAUUCAGCAUUCCAACCCCCACGUAUGUCUUUACAGCACACCACAUUUUGCUGCAUCCAUUAUCUGUGUGUCAUGGUUUUGUUGACUUCAGUGUCAAACUUAGAAAAUCAUUGGCUUUUUAGAUUCUUGACUUAAAAUAACAUUUCAGCAAUCAGUUUUUCAUCAGUUUCACUUUUUAAAAAAUUAUGUUUUUUUAAUUUUUUUAUUUCCCCUCUUCAAACAAACUUUCUCUUGCUUGAGUUUGAUAACAGUGACUUUGUGUGUGUAGAUUUAAUACCACCUCCAAUAAGACUUUGUUUUAUUAAACUGAACAAAAUAUUUAGGUUGUAGAUGUAGUGCUUGUAAAUGAAAGAGAUAUUGUUGUCAGGAUUUUAAAACCAAAAGCACCUUGUUGUUUUGUAUGUUGUCAUGUUUAGGACUGCCAUCAUAUAGAAUUUGUUUCAGGAAAGGAGGGUAACCAAAAAUUGUGUUAUUUCUGACCUGAAUGGCUCAGAGCUUUGUAAUUGAAAACUGUGCUGCCUUUAUUUGCCUUGCUCAGUGCUGACAGCUUUGUGGUGCUGGCAGCUUCAUGGUGCUGGGAUUUUAGCAUGACUUUAGGAGUCAAUUUUUGUAAUGAGUUGAGUAUUGGACUAACAGGAGUUACUUUUGCAGUAUGCAGUUGUGUGGUCAACAAUCAAUGCUUGUUUGUAGAUUACCAUCAAUCCUUUCUUAGGUUAGAUUACCAUCAAUCGUUUCUUAGGUUAGAUUACCAUUAACCUUUUCUUAGGUUAGAUUACCAUCAAUCUUUUCUUAGGUUAGAUUACCAUCAACCCUUUCUUAGGUUAGAUUACCAUCAAUCUUUUCUUAGGUUAGAUUACCAUCAAUCUUUUCUUAGGUUAGAUUACCAUCAAUCUUUUCUUAGGUUAGAUUGCCAUCAACCCUUUCUUUGGUUAGAUUGCCGUCAAUCUUUUCUUAGGUUAGAUUACCAUCAAUCCUUUCUUAGGUUAGAUUGCCAUCAACCCUUUCUUUGGUUAGAUUGCCGUCAAUCUUUUCUUAGGUUAGAUUACCAUCAACCCUUUCUUAGGUUAGAUUACCAUCAAUCUUUUCUUAGGUUAGAUUACCAUCAAUCUUUUCUUAGGUUAGAUUACCAUCAAUCCUUUCUUAGGUUAGAUUGCCAUCAACCCUUUCUUUGGUUAGAUUGCCGUCAAUCUUUUCUUAGGUUAGAUUACCGUCAAUCUUUUCUUAGGUUAGAUUACCAUCAAUCCUUUCUUUGGUUAGAUUACCAUCAACCCUUUCUUUGGUUAGAUUGCCAUCAAUCUUUUCUUAGGUUAGAUUACCAUCAAUCUUUUCUUAGGUUAGAUUACCAUCAAUCUUUUCUUAGGUUAGAUUGCCAUCAACCCUUUCUUUGGUUAGAUUGCCGUCAAUCUUUUCUUAGGUUAGAUUACCAUCAAUCCUUUCUUAGGUUAGAUUGCCAUCAACCCUUUCUUUGGUUAGAUUGCCGUCAAUCUUUUCUUUGGUUAGAUUGCCGUCAACCCUUUCUUUGGUUAGAUUGCCAUCAACCCUUUCUUUGGUUAGAUUGCUGUCAACUUUUUCUUAGGUUCUCUCACUUUAUAUUUGAAAACUAUAUGGCAUUUUUAGUUGCACUUAAAUCAAUGUAGAUAAUACUACAAUUUGAAUCUUAGAUCAAUGUAGAUAAUACUACAAUUUGAAUCUUAGAUCAAUGUAGAUAAUACUACAAUUUGAAUCUUAGAUCAAUGUAGAUAAUACUACAAUUUGAAUCUUAGAUCAAUGUAGAUAAUACUACAAUUUGAAUCUUAGAUCAAUGUAGAUAAUACUACAAUUUGAAUCUUAGAUCAAUGUAGAUAAUACUACAAUUUGAAUCUUAGAUCAAUGUAGAUAAUACUACAAUUUGAAUCUUAGAUCAAUGUAGAUAAUACUACAAUUUGAAUCUUAGAUCAAUGUAGAUAAUACUACAAUUUGAAUCUUAGAUCAAUGUAGAUAAUACUACAAUUUGAAUCUUAGAUAUCAGUUUCAUAAAUUGAACAAUGAAACUGCAUCUAGAUUUGUUGUUUUUAAAAUAUAUCUAACCCUUCUUUAUAGUUAUUUAUUUUCAUUACACUAUUAGAUAGAUGAACAAGCUACACAUAUUCAUUACUAGUAGAUCUUUCAUAGAAUCAAUCAAAUAAAUACAGUGAAACAGACCUUGUCAUUAAAAAAAAUUCUUUGCUUUGCUUUUUGCACUUAUUUUGGAUAAUUUUUGAUGAAUUCAUGGCUUUAUAGACUAUUUUAUUGCCUGUUAAGUUAAGUUUUUGCACAAGUAGUCUCUGAAAAUUGAGGCAGUGAAAAAUCAUUAAAGUCAGCAAUUUCUAUGAAUAAGAUUGUUUAAAGUGUUUAGGAAACAUAAAGAAUGAAAGACACUGAGAUGUGUUUCAAGUCGAACACAGAUGUCAGUGUUGGCCUGUGACCGAGUCUCACACAGAUGUCAGUGUUGGUCUGUGACCGAGUCUCACACAGAUGUCAGUGUUGUCUGUGAACGAGUCUCACACAGAUGUCAGUGUUGGUCUGUGACCGAGUCCCACACAGAUGUCAGUGUUGGUCUGUGACCGAGUCCCACACAGAUGUCAGUGUUGGUCUGUGACCGAGUCUCACACAGAUGUUAGUGUUGGUAUCUUGAAAUCAGUGUUGAUAUCUAACACAGAUGUCAGUUUGAAUGUCUAACACAGACUUUGAUGUGUUAAUAACAGUUCUAUAAAAAAUGAUAAAAACGUUAAGUUUGCAUGCUUCAAAUGGCUUGCCUGGUACAUUGAAGGAAAACAUUUUUUUAUUUAUUAUCCUAUGGAGCACCCAUAUUUUUCAUACAGUAAGAAAAUAUUCUGUUAAUUAAUGAGUGAUCAAUAAAUUACAAAAAUAUUAUAUAUUUUUUUAACAUCAUUAUUUCUUAAAUUAAAAACUCAGAUGUUUCUUUUAUGCUUGUGCUGAGUUUGAAUUAAGUAACAAGUUAAGGAGAAGACAUUUAAUACAAAGUAUCUGUUCCAGACUUGACAAAUGCUGGAAAUGUAGAUAUAUAUACAGAAGGCUGACAUUUGGACUUGGAUGUUUUAAAAGUACACAUAUUUUAGGAGAGUACAGCCAAACACACAUUAAGAUGCAGAUUAACGCAUAUAUUUUUCUCCCUCCUAACUUCCAGCAUCAAGAUUCAAUCUGAACCUGUCUGGAAGUGAUACCCCUGCCUUGUGAGUGACCAUGUCUGUCUGUGUGUUUGUGUGUGUGUGUGUGGUGUAGGGCUCUAGGCACCUGUUCACUCGUUAGCUUUAGUUAAAGAGAGCUUAUUAUUACUUAGCAUAUUUUUGUGUGUUUUUUUUUGUUUUGUUUAUUUGGUUGCCUACAAUGUCAUAUUAUUAUUAUUCCUUCACUAUUAUCACAUUGGUUGACUUCUUAUGGAGCUUUUAGUCAAACAGUGCGAGGCAUGGGACGUUUUUUUGAUUCCAUUAAUAAUUAAACAAGUGCUGCAUAGAUUUUUUAUAACAUUAACCAGGCGGUUGUAGUAUAGGUUGGAAUAAUGAACUCUGCUCUGUGAUCUCAACCUUAGUGCAUUCCAGCCCCCCCCCCCCUGCCCCCUCGUUAUGUACAUAAUAUAUGCAUGGCCCCUAACAAUAAUCUGCCAGCGCACAGGAAAGAGUUUUACAAUGAAACCAAAGUGCUGCCACAUGUACAACAGGAUUUGUAAACAAAACCUCAAAACCUGUAACAGUUCACCAUAAUCGUAUUUGUUUCUAAUUGAUCAAAACCAAAGUUCUGAGCAAAAACUGCAGAAAAUGAAAGAUGACUGAUUGUAAUUUGCAUAAUCUCACAAAGAUAUUCGUUUACAGUUAGCUGAAAACAAGGAAUAAUUGUCUCGUUCCACCAGGCAGUUUCAAUACUUCCAUGCACCAAGAGGUUGAGACAAACUCAUUUGAACAUUGACUUGUAGAGUGCAGUGCAAUGAAAUUCUAAUAUUGGACUGAAACGCUUGAUCAACUAAAGUACAUCUCUUUUUACCAUGGUCAGAAUUCCCAAUGAAUUAGAUUAAUUUAAGAUGAUAAUGAGAAAUGAAAACACAGCUUUAUAUAUAUAUAUAAAUAACAAAAAACAAUUAAAAGGCUGUUUUGUUUUUUUUGUCAAUACAUUAAAAUAAGACAAUCCUAAACACAGAAAUAUUAUAGAGAAUUUAAGAUGAAACGUAGUUGCAUUUCCUGCUUGUGUUUACUUAAAAAUCCCUUUUUUGCCAAUACACCCAUCACACUCCUGAUUGAAGCUUUUUUUCCUAGCCAAGUUUAUAUUUUUUUUUUUAUUACAGCAGAUUAUAUUUAGCUCUCGUUCUUGACCCAGUGUUUGCGUCUGUGCAAAAUUUCUUUUUUUGUUUUUUGUUUUUUUGUUUGUCUGGCCAUGGGUGGACAAGUGUCCUCCGUUUGAAUAACUCUCCCUUGUUCCUCUCCCUUUACUAAACAGUGGAAGUGUGAAGAAAAGAAGCAGCAAUGACUACUCGUCUGGCCAGGCAGCAAUGUGAGCAUGCAAUCGUAGUUGUUAAUUUCUACAAUUAAACUAUUCAAGCAGUGUCUUGGCGGUCGACCGUCAAGACCAGACAGUUUGCAAUCGCCGGGUGUCUUGGCAGUCCACCGUCUAAACAAGACAGGUUGCAAUCACCUGGUGUCUUGGUGGUCCUCCGUCUAAACAAGUCAGUUUGCAAUCGCCUGGUGUCUUGGCGGUCCACCGUCUAAACAAGACAGUUUGCAAUCGCCUGGUGUCUUGGAGGUCCACCAUCUAGACAAGACAGUUUGCAAUCACCUGGUGUCUUGGCGGUCCACGGUCUAUACAAGACAGUUUGCAAUUGCCUGUAUUGGCUGCAUGUACAUUUGCAAGAUGUUUUAACUUGAUAAUUUUUUAUUUUUUUUGGAUAUCCUCCUUAAAGUUAAAGUAAGAUUUUCAAUAGUGUUAAUCUUAAUGUUUUAAUGGAUUUCCAUUCCCUAGUGAAGUGUUUUUCAAACAAAAGAAGAAAAAAAAUGGCCUGAAACGUGUAUGGAAUGUGUAUCUGAUAGUUUAUUUGUUGUAUGUGAAUUUUGUCUUUAAAAAAAAUGUUGGCCACAUAUAGCUUAUUUGUUGUAUGUGUAUGUUGACUUUAUUAGAAUGUUGGCCACAGAUUCAUUGUUUAAUUGACUGCCAAUCUUCACUUCUUUUUUUGUUUUUUUUUGUUGUUGUUGUUUCGAUUACUUUGCAGUGUUGUAUUUCAUUAUCUCUAUGUGUUCUUCAUAUAAUUUCAAAUACAGUGCUCUCUCAAUUUCAAACAAAUAGUUGGUUGCUUUACAUAUAACGUGUGUAUCCAUUCCUCUCCUGGAGUGCCCCACUCAAAAUAAGCUGAUGUCCCUCAAGGGAUGCAAAAUCAGCUUGUUUAUUGUGGCCAUACCACCACCCCCCCGCCCCCUUUUUUCCUCCUUUGCUUCACCAUUUAAUGUUCAACCUAUCAAAUUUCCUGCAGAUAAUCAUUGCAUUUUUCUGUUUACAUUUCACCAGGGGUCAAAUCAUUUUUUUUUCUUUCUUUUUUUUUCUGUAAAAUUUGCACAAAAUUGUAUUGUUUUCAAAAAGGGAUUUUGUUAGUCCUUAUGUAAUUCUGCAAGAGUUUGAAAAGCACUGCACUACUGAAAAGAUUUUUUUAAAAAUAGGUUAAUCCUAUCCAUGUUCAUGUGUUUUGUACAAAGUAAGAAACUAUUAUUUUUAUAGUGGCAACCCUUCACAUUAAACAAGAGCAUUGCAUGCCGGGUAAUAAGAGCUUUGAAUAGUCAAUUGCUUAUUUGGACAUUUCUAAUAUACGUAUUUUUUAAAAUCAGUUUAAGAUGCACGUUAGCAUCUGAAAAUAGAGGAUUAAUUUUUUUUUUAUAUAAUAAGUAACUUAAGUUAGUACUAAUAAUAUAACUGUAAUUGCUUCAAUGCUUUGAAUAAUUUUUACUAAUUUUGUGUACAUUUAUUUGAAUAAAACUAUUUGAAAGACUUUAUAUUUGAGGCCGUACCUUCAGAGCACAACUCUAGAACCCCUGCACACUAUUGGAGGUAGUAUAUGAUUUCUACUUCAUUAAACUCCCCAGGUCUACGUCAACCCAAGGCAGCCUGACAGGCAGUGUAACUAGCUUAUCAUCUAGUAAACCACCACGCAGGUAUUGAUUAAAUAGCUAGCUUAUUUUCUAGUAAACCACCAGGCAGGUAUUGAUUAAAUAGCUAGUUUAUCUUCUAGUAAGUAAACCACCACUCAGGUAUUAAUUAAAUUACUAGCUUAUCUUCUAGUAAACCACGACCCAGGUAUUGAUUAAUUACUAGAUUAUCUUCUACUUCUAGUAAACCACAACUUAGGUACCGGUAUUGAAUACAUAGCUAGCUAAUUUUCUAGUAAACCACCAGGCAGGUAUUGAUUAAAUAGCUAGUUUAUCUUCUAGUAAGUAAACCACCACUCAGGUAUUAAUUAAAUUACUAGCUUAUCUUCUAGUAAACCACGACCCAGGUAUUGAUUAAUUACUAGGUUAUCUUCUACUUCUAGUAAACCACAACUUAGGUACCAGUAUUGAAUACAUAGCUAGCUAAUCUUCUAGUAAACCACCACCCAGGUAUUGAUUAAUUACUAGAUUAUCUUGUAGUAAAUCACAAAAAAUUGGUAUUGAUUAAAUAGCUAACUUAUCUUCUAGUAAACCACCUUGCAGGAAUUGAUUAAAUAGCUAGCAUAUCGUCUAGUUAACCACCCCGCAGGUAUUGAUUAAAUAGCUAGCUAAUCUUCUAGUUAAAUAAACCACCACAGAGGUGUUGAUUAAAUAGCUAGCUUAUCUUCUAGUAAAAUAAACCACCACAGAGGUGUUGAUUAAAUAGCUAGCUUAUCUUCUAGUAAAAUAAACCACCACAGAGGUGUUGAUUAAAUAGCUAGCUUAUCUUCUAGUAAACCACCAGGCAGGUAUUAACCAGGUCAUAUUCUAGCAAACCACUUUUUUUGGUUUAUAGAUUGAGAUUAACCUUAGAACUAUUUAACAUAGGAUAUUUAACAAUAUAGUUUUAAAACCAUUGCUUUAACAUAGAAUUAAUGUACAUUCGAUAUUGAGUGUAGUCAACUAAUAACACAAUGUUGUAGUCGUUGUCAAGGAUUUUUACAAUGGCAUUGAAUCCGAUUGAUCACAUCUUAAAAAACCUUUCAAUCAGAUUUACAUUUAAAACAAAUAAAAAUGGAACAGGAAUUGUUCUUGUGCCCUUCAUUUAAUAGCAGCUUAGGUCAAAUGUCUCAAUGAUCAAAGAUUAAUUGAUUGACCAGAUACAUAAACAGGAUAACAGGUCUUGGUGUAGAUUUAAGUGAGUCGGAUGAACUGGUUGUAACUGUGUUGGUCUGAUGAACCAGAUAUGUGUUGGUCUGAUGAACCAGAUAUGUGUUGGUCUGAUGAACCAGAUAUGUGUUGGUCUGAUGAACCAGAUAUGUGUUGGUCUGAUGAACCAGAUAUGUGUUGGUCUGAUGAACCAGAUAUGUGUUGGUCUGAUGAACCAGAUAUGUGUUGGUCUGAUGAACCAGGUCAUAUAAGGAAUGCCUCCCUACUUUGGGGCUCCGCAUUUCACGCCCUCACGCCUUCGUGGGUUUUCUCCUAAGAUACAUCCUGCAGAUUUUUUGCUAUUUGCCUGGAUUUUUGCGGGCUACGGCAUACAUAUAUUUAUUAUUUUAAUUAUUUUUGCUGUAAAAUAAGCAUUUUCUACCCUUAAAAAUUGAAAACGAGCGUGUGUACUACUGUACUUUAAAGUGUAUGAGAGCUUAUGAAGUGUUGACAAGAGUGUUGGAAAGUUUAUAGGAGUGUGGUGUUUAUUAAGCUUUAAGCUAUAUAUAAAUCCUACUUCGUGGUGUUUAGUAUUUCAGAAUUUAACCGCGGUGAUAUUUGAGGCAUUACUGUAAAUGAAUUGGUCUAAUGAACGGGGUUGUAUAUAUCAGACUUGUUCACUCUCACAAUGUACGAUUUUGAGAUGUCUUACGGUUGUACGCCAAGAACUGUCAGGACUACCAUUUUACAAGACCAAGUUAAAAAAUGGAUUCUGGUGGUUACAAUUUUAAAAUAAUAAUAAAUAAAAUGUUUUUUGUAUUUGGAGAAAAGUACUGAUUUUUUUUUUUUUUUUUUUUUUUAUUACAUAAAUGUGAUCAUCUGAUGAACUGGCUCGAAUAUGUGUUGGUUAGAUGAACUGGGUUGUAAAUAUGUUUUGGUCUGAUGAACUUUGCCGAGGCCGUUUAAGGUAUUAGAUAGAUAGCAGCAUGCAAGGAUUGGCUUACUCAUUAACAGCUCCCAGCCUUGGCUCAUCUUCUGUACUCUUUAACAGCAGCAGGCAUUAAUGGCUCAGUCAGACUAUUUUGUCUGAUUAUUCCCUGAGAUGUUUGUCUGGUUUUAACAAAAGUAUAUGCUGUCCUGUUGAUAUGUUGCUUGCAUGUUUCUCAGAACUGUGAUAACAAGGUACAGGUGCGUGGCUGACAGUGAGACAGAGUUGUCCUUUGAAGCCAACCAGCUCAUUACAAAUGGUAAGUUGUCAGCCUUCACUAAAUGUCUGUCUACUCAGUGAACCCAGUUCACAUUUGUUGGUAACUCAUUGAAUCUUAUAUCUCUGAUGUUUAAUGACUCAGCACAGCUGACUCUGAUAAAGUCUAUUCACAUUGUAUUGUGCAUUGGACACAGCUGACUCUGAUAAAGUCUAUUCACACUGUAUUGUGCAUUGGGCACAGCUGACUGAUAAAGUUAAAGUCUAUUCACAAUGUAUUGUGCAUUGAGCACAGUUGACUCUGCAUCUUCUUCUGUGUUGCCUUAUGGACAGUGUUGUCAAGGCCGAUGUUCAUUGGAUUGCGGUCACUUUGAGAGAUAUCCUUUUCAUAAGUCUUGAGCUAAGCACUGUAAUUGUAUGCUUAAGAUGUUCCAAGCAGAGCACUUUCUGUGUGGAGCGACCAUUACUUCCAGGCUCAGAGUUCCAUUCCUUCUUCUUCAGACUAUUUUCUUUCUACUGUGAUCAUGGUAGCUUAUUACUGCUUUAAUUCUUGGGAUGUAGCUUUUAUCAUUUUCUUUGUAUCACUGUCAUAAAUAAACUGUUGGGAUAAUGAUAUCACCGACAUAGAUAAACAGUUUGGAUAAUGAUAUUACUGACAUAAAUAAACAGUUGGGAUAAUGAUAAUACCGACAUAAAUAAACAGUUGGGAUAAUGAUAUUACUGACAUAAAUAAACAGUUGGGAUAAUGAUAUCACCAACAUAAAUAAACAGUUGAGAUAAUGAUAUUUCUGACAUAAAUAAACAGUUGGGAUAAUGAUAUUACUGACAUAAAUAAACAGUUGGGAUAAUGAUAUCACCAACAUAAAUAAAGACCAACACACAUAGCUUGUUGUAUACACAAUGUAGUCUACAAGACAGACCAACAAACAUAGCUUGUUGUAUACACAAUGUAGUCUACAAGACAGACCAACAAACAUAGCUUGUUGUAUACACAAUGUAGUCUACAAGACAGAGACAAACACACAUAGCUUGUUGUAUACACAAUGUAGUCUACAAGACAGACCAACAAACAUAGCUUGUUGUAUACACAAUGUAGUCUACAAGACAGACCAACAAACAUAGCUUGUUGUAUACACAAUGUAGUCUACAAGACAGAGACAAACACACAUAGCUUGUUGUAUACACAAUGUAGUCUACAAGACAGACCAACAAACAUAGCUUGUUGUAUACACAAUGUAGUCUACAAGACAGACCAACAAACAUAGCUUGUUGUAUACACAAUGUAGUCUACAAGACAGAGACAAACACACAUAGCUUGUUGUAUACACAAUGUAGUCUACAAGACAGAGACAACACACAUAGCUUGUUGUACACACAAUGUAGUCUACAAGACAGACAACACACAUAGCUUGUUGUAUACACAAUGUAGUCUACAAGACAGAGACAAACACACAUAGCUUGUUGUAUACACAAUGUAGUCUACAAGACAGAGACCAACACACAUAGCUUGUUGUAUACACAAUGUAGUCUACAGGAAAUUGUUUGCUGUCAAAGGCUUUUGGGCAGAAACAUUCACUUUCUGUUAAUGUCCUUCUUCUAAAUGAUUAACUCUCUUGAGAUGGCUGAGUGUUUUGACAAAAAAGACAAAAGGCCGAUCUACCCUUAUCUAUCUUAUUGCUUCAACCUGAACGCAGUCAAUAUUAUAAAGUCGGCAACAUCAUUUCCUAAUACUGAAGUUUUCAAUGAUUGUGUUCCCUCUUCUUACAUCCAUCCACUAUUGCUUGUUUCAGUGAGGCCAUCUCGGGAGCCUGGUUGGCUUGAGGGCACCCUUGAUGGCAAGACAGGGAUCAUACCGGAAAACUAUGUGGAGUUUAUAGACAGCUAGAAUCUGACCUGGACUUUUAACAUCAAAUGGGAGCAGCCACAAACCAACCACAUCCUGAGACCUCCGCAGCAACACAGUUUGCAACAACCCGCUUUUCACCGCCGUCCCGGCAGAACUUUUCCUUGCAACCCGUUUCAGUUGGGAAACGAACAAGCUACUCAAAACAAGUUAAGUUACUGUAAGAGACAAUUUUAUGUUGUCUUUUAAUAGUAAUGGAAUUAACAGAAAGCUGUGUACAGAUAUUUUUUUAAAUGUAUGUGUAUGAUGAAUUACAGAGUUGGAAAGUUAUAAGAGGGGAGCAAGUAGAUUUUAAUCAUCUGGCCUUGAAGAAAUCUGAAAAAAAUUUUUAAUGUAAGUUUAUUAGAACAUUAGAAUUGUUGGCUAUUGAAGUUUAAAUGUGAUCUCCUGAACUUCAGAAAGAUUCAUCCUCCCAACUGGCGGUCGGGUCCAAGAAAGUUUUUUCUUCUUUUUUUUAUCUCUUGACAUGCAAAUAUGUUGCAGGGUAAAGAAUGCAACAGUAACAUUUGAAUAUAUAGAGGUCAUAAUAAUAUAUGCUGGCAACCUACAUGGCUAGUAAUCAUGGCAUUGGAUGGCCAUGAUAUGCAAUAAUCAUGGAAUGCUUGUGGACAGUUCAAGGAUUAUAAUACAAGGAAUAUGUGAUGUUUUUUUUAGCAAUGGACGAUGUCCAGUGACUUUACAAUUUGAAGGAAUGGCUACACUGUCAGGAUUAAUAAUAUGUAAUUUUAUUAUGAAGAGACAUUUUUUAUGAUUGCCUACAGCUGUUUCAUGCAUAUUGAUAUAAUUAUUUUAAUUGGGAUAGUGAAGUGAUAAUUGAUUGUGACUGACACAGUUGUGUUCGUAAUGGUUAGUACACAAUGGUUAGUACACAAUGGUUAGUACACAAGAUCAGGAUAGUUAUUAUUGGAUGUAAUCCAGUGAUAAAAUAGGUCAAUAACACAUUGAAACCUUUAAAUGGUUGAGACGCCAGUAAAGCAGAAAUGGUGAAUCUACAACACAUGUCAUAAAUGACACACUAUGACAUUAAGUAACAUUCUUGAUGUCAUCAAAAAAACCCAAACUAUUCAACCCAUUCAAAAUGUUCAACUUAUCAGUUCAAUUCAAAAUGUCUAUUUCAAUCCCAACUACCAUUGUUUGUAGCCAUUGUUGUCAGAAUAUUUCAUUGAUAAUUUGGCCAUUGGUCAGUGGGUCAAUUAUUUCUUUGUAUACUUCAUGGAGGUAGAAAUCAGUUUUCAAGAAUAUUGUGUGAGCAACUCAUGUUAAAAGUUCAAAAGCUGGUGUUUGCAAAUGAGCCAGGCCUCACCUAGCCACAUGUGCUCCACAGCAGGCCUCACCUAGCCACAUGUGCUCCACAGCAGGCCUCACCUAGCCACAUGUGCUCCACAGCAGGCCUCGCCUAGCCACAUGUGCUCCACAGCAGGCCUCACUAAGCACCAUACGCUCUAUGGCAGGCAUGUCAAACGGAGGGUCCUCCCAGGGCCAUGUGGGUCACAUUUGUAUGGUCAUGAGGGAUAAACAACAAAUAAUUGAAGUCAUUUAAUAAAAAUUAUUGCAGAAUAUUUUUAUAACUUAAACUUAGAAACAUACAAUGUUCAUAUAAAAGGUUUAGAAACAUACAAUGUUCAUAUAACAGGUUUAGAAACAUACAAUGUUCAUAUAAAAGGUUUAGAAACAUACAAUGUUCAUAUAACAGGUUU